GAAAAUAAGCCUUCCUUUAUAAAAUGUAAGUCUUAUCCAAAUGAGGAGAACAAAAAGGUACAGAAACUUUGGCAAAAUAAAUGCAAGCAGACAACAAGAGAACAUUUCAUAUUGCAAAUUUUUUAAAGACCAACAAUAAUACAUUUAAAAAACAUGUUAGAACCAGCAGACUAGCUGGAGAGACGUUUGGUCCUUUGGAUGACAAAUGAGUCAAAGGUGUACUAAAGGAGGAAAAGGAGAUUACAGAGAAGCUGUAGUGCUGAUCCCUGUGCCUGAACUGAGUCUGAAGAGGCAAAUGGUGGUUAAAAGAAUUGACAUUCUAGGCCUUGAUGACAAACUAAAAAUGAAGACAUCACAUCCAGGAGGUAGCAUCUACUUGAGAGCCCUUUUAAAACUUGAAUUUAAAUAGCUGAUCUUCUAACAAAAGAAAGUAACAUCUGUGAGAUCAGCCUGCAUACCUGAGGACCAGAAAGUGGUCAAUAUAUACCGGUAAUAAACUUUUAAAAAGGGAUCCAGAAAAUAUAUAGGAAAUUAGUUUUCAAGUAACCAACCUGUAAUGAAAACUAUUAUUAAAAUUAGAAUUACCAAGCAUAAAAGACCAAAUUUGGCUGAAGCAAAAUCGGUAUGGCUCCUGCAAAUUUAAGUCAUAUAUAACUAACCUUUUAGAGUUCAGAGUGUCCAUAUGCAUAUGACUAGGGGUGAUCAACAGAUAACAUAAACAUGGCCAUUUAUCAAAAAGCUUUUGAUAAAGUCCCUUAGGAAAGGGACUGAAAAUAAAACUGCCAAUCAUAAUGGUGUUAUAUAAAUUGAUGGUGUGACCAGAUUAUAGUACGAACAUUUCUGGUUGUCAUACAUCAAAAAUACUAUAUUAGAGCUGGAAAAGGUGUUGGAAAAGGCAACCAAAAUUAUAGAAAGGCAGGACCAAUUCCCAUAUAAGGAAAGGUUACAACAUGUGGGGCUUUUUAGGUUAGAAACCGUGCAUAAAAUUAUGCAUGGUGUGGAUAAAGUGGGUAGAGAAGCUUUCUCCCCUUCCCAUAAUAUUAGAACCCAAAGUCAUCUACAUAGCACAUAAACUAUUGAAAUUUAUCCCACAAGAUUUAACACUGGCCACCAACUUACACAAACAUAAAAAGAAUAAGACAAACUAUUGGAGGAUAAGGCUAUCAAAGCUGCCAGUCAUUAUAGUUGUAUGCUGCCUCUAAUAUUGGAGGUGAUAUGUGACUGAAUACCAGUUGCUGGGAAACACAAAUGUGGAAAAUGCUAUUGUGCUUGUAUUGUGUUUGUGGGCUUCCUAUCCUUCACCCUAUUUAACACCUUAAUGAAGCUACUGGGGGAGGUUAUAUGGAUAUUUCAGAUGCAGAAUAAACAGUAUGUUGAUGACACCCAACCGUGUCUCUCAUUUUCAGCUGUACCAAGGGAGGUAGUUGAAACAGUGAACUGUUUAUAGUUGUGAAGGACUGGAUGCUGUACAAGAAGCUGAAACUUAAUUCACCGAGUACAGAAGUAGCAUUGGUAGGUGGACUAACAUGACUAACAUCCCCUCAAUUCCUUUGUCCAAGUUGUUUAUAAAGACAUUGAACAACAGUGGGCCCAGGACAGAACCCCGCUUGUCACUUUUUACCAGAAUAAGAAGAAACCAUUAAUGAGUACAUUUGGGUUCAGUCAGUCAGUUACUUCAUUCAAGCCACAUUUUACCAGCUUCCUCACAAGAAUAUCACGGGGUGUGUGUAUUUGUAUUUGUCCAAAGCCUUACUGAAAUCAAGAUACACUGUGUCCACAGCAUUCUCCUGAUCCACCAAGAUUGUAACUCCAUUUAAAAAAAAAAUGAGAUUUGCCUGGCAUGACUUGUUUUUAAGGUAUAAAUGAUAUGAAAGGGAAAACACAGCUUUUGUGAUAUGGUAGUCUGCACACCUGUAAGUUCACAUUAUGUGAAGAAGAGAAAGACCUUGCAGAGCAAGCGCAGACCUGCAUGUAAAGUAAACUGUAUGAGUCAUUUAACAAUGCCUUUUGAAUGCUGAUGGUUACCUGAAAUACAUUAGGAAGAGGUGGAGGCAAACCAAUAGGUGCCAAAUCAAUUUUAUCUAUGUAAGCAAAGUGUUCCUCUACGUCAACUUUCGAAGUCUCUAGGCUUCAUGUUCAAGAGACAUUAAACUCAACGCUAGCUUGAAAACUGCUCUACCCUAUCUCCACCCCCUUCCGCGUCCCGCGGUCGGUGAGGCAUAUUGUACGUGUUGCCUGUGGGGCAGCGUCUUCCAGCUCUAGCGCCUGGGAACGUGCACCUGCUGCCUUUUCUUUUAAUUAUUGAGGGCAGAAGAGCUUUGCCGGUGCUCUGCCGCUCCUCCGUUCAUAGAACAUGAGACGCUCCAGGAAAACAGCGCUGCGCAAUGUCAAGCGAGCGAGCCGGAGGCGGCGGGAGUGGGAGCCAGCGAGAGGCGCGUGAGCAGAGCCAUUGUCAAUAUGCUAGCGAAGGGGGGAAGGGCGAGAAACGCGAAGGCUUGGGAAGAGCUGCGGGAGGACGACGACGACGCGGAGAUCGGCCCAAGCGGCAGCCUUUCUCCCUCAACUCUCAGACUUGAGGCUCCACCUUUCAAUUGAUUGACAAAAAGGCCAGCGUUUCAGAUUCGGCGUUUGGGCGGGCUCAAUGGUGAAGGGCGAAAAGGCGGGACGCAGUCUAGCCAACGGUGACGAAUGUAAGAGCGAAGGGCGGGGCUACAACCUGAAUGACAGCUCAGGAGAUAAACAAGCUCCAGCGCGAGACCCUCAAUCGACCGACCUCGGCCGUACCCCGUUCCCCGCCCCGUCGCUUGAGAGUGUGACUGCGACUCAUUGUUCUGCAGGCGGACAAACGAAGCAAAGAAAGACUCCGCCGUCUCCCUUCUAAGCAACCGUCUGACUCUCCCGCCACUGCCCGGCAACGUGAAGAGUCAGCAACUUCCCACCACCCGCUCAGCAAUAACCGGGGAGCGGGUUGCAAUGCGCAGGCGCACACAGGCUUCGGUGCUGCAAGCGACGCCGGGAACUGUAGUCUCCGCUUCCUCAACCUUCCCCAGACGCCUUCGAGCUCGCGCUUCCUCCGAUACUACCAAGCCCAGAAUCCCUUGCGGCCCUAACUAUUGGAAGCCCUAGUUGAAGCGGGUGGCGGCGGAGCGGACUCCCCCCCCCAAAAAAACAAAAACCCAAAACAAGGAAAUGGUGCCCAGUGCGGUGGCUUCGUGCCCCUGACGCUCGCGCGGCCGCUGGUCCCGCCGCCUCAUCCCGCCCUCCCUGCGGCCGCCCCUUCCAUGGGUGAGAGACAUGGACUACGAGUUCAAAUCCAAGCUGGCGGCCGAGCGCGAGCGGGUGGAGGAUCUGUUCGAGUACGAGGGGUGCAAAGUCGGCAGAGGCACCUACGGGCACGUCUUCAAAGCGCGGCGCAAGGACGGGUAAGAGGGAACCGAGCUCCUUCGAGAAGGGCGGGGGGGGGUUCGGGGAGAGCGGGGGGGAGCCGAGCAAGCGCAGAUUGCCAGGAGGCGCCGGCGAGGUCGGCUGAACUUUGAAGCCCCGCCGCUUUCCGCGAUUGCUGUCACAGCGGCGGCGGCGGGUUUUAUUUCUCGAGCCCCAACCCCGCCCGCUAGAGGCGGCUGAGGGCGGGAACAAACUUUGUCCCGCGCUGGCGAAUCCCUCCUUCCGCUCCUCGUGCCUUUGGGGUGUGAAGGAGGCUCGGGGUCGAACGGGAUUCAGGAAGAGACGGACCCCGGUUCGCCCCGCGCUUUCCCCUCGUUUGUUUUUAGGGUCCAGCCCAAGCCGUGCUUUCUCUGCCUGAAGCAGGACUAAAACUAUCCUCUCAAGUCUCAGCCGUUCAAAGCCUAGAAUUGAAAUGCUUGACCUGAUUUGAGAAAGCUACAAAAUUUCCCUUUCUCGGUCGGAGGGACUGGGAAUGUUUGGAGCUUGAGAUAGUAUCCUGGUCACAGAGCUAAGAAAACGGUCUUUGUUGGAUUAAUAGGUCUUAAUAUCAUACUUUGAUUUUAGCUGAUCCACAUUUGAGGGGGAGAGCCCCCCAAAUUCAUAUUAGCUGCUCGGAAUAAAAGGGUUUUUGCGGUUAGUGCACAAAUUACUUGCUUGAGAAAAAAUUAUUUUUACUACUUGUCUUACGAGUACAUCUCAUGUGACACAGGUAUUACCUGUUUGGAUAAUAAUAAUCUGCACUGUCUUGUGUAGGCGUAUAUCUGGACAGAGAGGAGUCUGAUGCUUUGUAGAUGAUUUGACUAGAUAGUUUUUGGAACUCCUCUGGAUCGAAAAGUCUAUUCAGUAUUAUUACGGUAUUCUAUAUAUGUGUAUCUAGGAUUGGUUAAUGUAUGAAAACAAAGAGCAAAGUAUACUCCCAUGUUUAAAUUUCUGAUCUAUAUUUUUGUAAUGCUAUAUAUACAGGCUGAUGAUGUAAAAUCCCUUGAGUACUGAAAGUGGUUUUAUGUUUAUAUAGUGUCAAUGGUCUGCACCAUGAAUAAGAAAUCAAGCCCUUUUGUAACUAUUCUGCUUUGGCAAAUCAGGUAUUUUGAUUACAGUAUGUACAAAUGCUUAAAACUCUGGAUGCACAAAACCCAGUUUCUGGUAAGUCUGCAGUCCUGUGUAUUUACCCUUACUUGGAAUAAACUCCAUGAAACAGUAGGGUUUGCUUCUGAGUAAAUAUGUACGGGAUUGGACUGCUUGUCUCAUUGAGUAUACAAAUCCUUAAUUCACAACACUUAGUAGCUCUCUUCUGCAGACAUUCAAUAUUAAUUUCAUGCUAACUGAUAGAAACUAUAGCAAAAAUCACAGUAGGUAGAGACAUUCCCAUGUAAUACAUUGAUAGAUCAACAUAGCUAUGUGUGUGUUGUCUUUUCAACUUGGUAGUUUUCUUUUACAGUGGGAGCCAUGUGGAUAAAUGUAUUGUAAGUGAACCAAGCCUGCAGUUUCAGUUAUGUUAUUGACAAAGUUAAUCACAGUAGUCUUCCAACACAAGUCAUGAGAUGAGAACCCUUCUACUUAUUAUGCAGUAGGGAAAAGGGAAACACAACUUUAGGAUUAACAGCUUUUCCAGUAGGGAGAGGGAGAACCAAUAUUUGCUCCAAUACCUCUACAUUUUGUUCUGAAGCAUGGGCAGAUUUCAGAGGCAUCAAAAUACUAGGCCCAGAAAAAGCAAUACUGAGAUAAAAAAAUCACAAAACAGUUUUACUGCUUUUCAGCAAAUAUUGUGUUAAUAUAUUGACAGUUAUUUAUUUUGCUAUUUUUAUAUUCCACUUGUCCUUUUGAAUGUUCAGAAGCCACAUGCAUGUGGUUUUCAAAAGUUUCCCACCAGUUGUUGCUCAGGUCCACACAUGCCAAAGAUUCAAGCAAAAUAUAUGAUUAGACAACCUCCGUCCACCGACUUUGUUAUCAAAAGAUCAGGUGUGAUCACAAAUUUUGAGUUGUGCUUUCCUUCCCUCACUAACAAUAAAAAAAAAUUAAACUGACUAACAGUGCCAUGGAAUUAAAUGAGACUUACUGUCCAAUCCUAACUCAAGUGUAGUACUUAUUCCUAAAUAUGUGGGGUUAGAAUUGCAGCCUUAAACUGCCUUAGCAUGAUCUAUUAAAACUUGGGUUUUUUUCUUAUACUUUGAUGCAGCUGCAAUAGCUGUGAUAUUUACAACUGGCCGGGCUGAAAUUAACAGCAUCUUCCUGCAUCUCUUUGGAGUAAAUAAACAAAAAGAACUUAAAUUGUUUAAGAUAAUAUUUUUCUCAAACAUUACCCGUUAUGGCCAUUUAUAUGGAAGGAAUUAGCAGCUCAACACACUUGUUUUCCUGGAUUGUGUUUGGUCAACCAAAUGAAUAGCAGCACCAAACUACAUAUUAGUCCUAUCACAGCUGCGGCAGUGCUGUUAGCCAUGGUUACAGAGUUGAUUGUUACACAUGACAUUGACAUAAGUCCAGUAUCUCAUGAUUCUGCAUGAUGACAGAAUUCUGCCUCCUGGGAAUGUAUCUGAAUUUGAAAUAAAGUGAGUUCCUUGUCCUUACUCCUGCAAAGAUAUUUAAAAGUAUGUUGCAAGGCCUGAUGAAACCUUAUUUAGCCACCUGUCUGGCUUCUCAGUUGUCCAGCGGUGGGAGGUGCAAUUUUUUAAAAUAGAUCUUUCUGCCUCUCAAUGUCUAGGAGAAUAGAAUAAAUGUGUCUGACAUGCAUGAUAUUUCGUUUUGGCUCCAUUUGCAUAGUAUCAACAGACUUUAACACUUGGCUUUUCUUGAUGCACAAUUCCUCUUGCAAUGCAGGAGAUACAUUGUUCUAGCUUUAUUAAUGCACCUCCCUCUUUCAGCUUGGAGAGGCCAGCUUGGUGAAGCAGUACCACAAAGAUACCCUCCUGAUACUGGUUUCACUUACUGGGUUAGUAGUGGGAGGUCAGGGCUGUGCAGGCAUACUGGUGGAACCAAUCCAGUACUCCCUCUGAUGUGCUCGCAGAGCCUUGACCUCACUGUUGCUCUGCCCCUACAACACCUCUUGGUAAGCAGCAGCGAUGCCCAUAUUGGAAACAUAUCUCUGCAGUACCACCUUACUGCACUAGCUGCUCUUAUAUACAGGCUUGUGAGACCUGCUGCCGUCUUUCAGACUUGGAGGAAAUAUGUGGUGGCCGCAUUCAGGAUACCUGUUCCAGUUUUAAAAGGGAAGAAGAAAGCUGCAAUGCCUUUUGUAGGUGUGGAAAAAGCACCAUGAUGGUAGGGAAGGAGAUAUGAGAAGGGAGAUUGUGGGAGGGGAAAAGGGGGAGCCAGUGGGUGAGGGUGGAGAGGUGGGAGGAAGAUUUAAUCAACUACUUGCAAGAGUGAUAAGAGGCCUACUCUGGUUCUGAUUUUGUCAUGUUUGGAUUCAUGUUGAUUUCAGGGAAGUCAUAGGGAAAAUUCCUUGAAGGUCAUUGUUGGCUCUUAGUCAAUAUGCCAAACCAGUGCAGAAGGCUUAUUAACUUUGCCGCUGCAGUUUUUCUGGAAGUUUAUCACCUCACUUCUGUAAUGGCUGUUUUUUCAUGAAGCAUCUGCUUGCCUAUUGGCCAGGAUAAAUAGCUACAAUGUAAUGGUAUUGAGAUUGUUAGCAAGUCAGAUGUUGUCGAUUAGUUUCAAGGCACUAUUGCACAAAACAUCCAUAUUGAGAUAUGUUUUAACAAAUUUGAAAUGUUGAGCUGUAAUAGUCUGAAAUUCAUAGAGUCUCUUACGUUGUGUCUUAUAAUUAAAUCGGUUAUUGCUGCCAUAAAGGAUACAGUUUGGGAAAGAAUAAUGAAUGCAAAAGAUCUGAUUAAACCUUUUUGCAUUUAUUUAAAACUUUCCAUGUAUAAAAAUGCUUGCAAAAUUUAUUGCACCUUAAAACAGUUUUGUUGCCUGUACUGUAGUUUACCGGUACAUUUAUGAUAUAAAUACAGUUAUAAGCUGGUGGUUUUGGCUCUCGUGGGUGUAAUGGUUGUAUGUCUUUUGAUUCAGUAUUCGUGGAAUAGGAGCAAUGGAGCUGGCUACAUACGUAGUUGCUUUUGUUACAUUUAACUUGUGUACCACAAUUUCAAAUUUUAUUUUUAUUUACAGUACUUAGACUUUUAACCCCACCUCCGAAAACUCAAGACAAGUAGAGAAACAAGUUAUAAAAGUACUGUCAAAAUAAACAUGUUGCUGCUCAUUCCAGUCUUCUAUGCUACAUCAAAUGACUUCGCAUUGUUAGUGUGUUCAGCUUCUGGGAAGGCACUUCUAGAAUGUAGAAGUGACCACUAAAAGCUAGUGAUAGGGUGAAUUUAGGUCAGAAAGCCUUGCCCCGUUAUAGAGUGUUGAGAUCCCUCUGAAUUUGGGUCUAGCUAGUAAUGGGAUUUGUCUUUGUUCUUGCUACUCAGCUCUGCCUCCAGUCCUCCUGCUUUUCCAAGCAAAGUCCUUGCAAUUGAGAAGCUUUAGAAUUCAUUUCUAAUAAAGGGCAAGGCCCACAAGCAGACUUUCCCACUCUCUUAGGAUCCCUCUUUGCUGCUGGUUCCUCACUCUGCUUUUCUUGCGAUGUUUUGGGAGGGGUAGGGGAUACAGGGGAACCUGAAGAUAAGAGAAGCUCAUUUCUCAUUGUUCCUUUAUUCCUGAAUGUUCUUGGGGGGUGGGGUGGAGAUGGGGAUGUGCACAAGGUUUCAGGAAAAGAAGAAUGGAUUUGGAAUCAAGCAAAGGGGAGUUACACAGUCACUACAUAAAACUAGGGUGGCCAGAUGAAAAAGAAGAUAGGGUUCCUGUCAUGGGCAUAGCCAGGAUUUAUGUUGGAGGAGCAGGCUUUAUGUUAGGGGGCCAGAACUUCAGUCAGUUAUGUACUGACUGAUUUGGGAGAGCAGCUGCCCCCUGCCCCCCUUGGCUACAACCAUAGCUCCUGUGCCUUUAAUAGUUGUAUAGAAAAGGUAAUUGAAAUUCCUCUUCUACAUCUAAGUUGCAGGAGUUCUGUCUUCUGUAAAAAAAAGGGGGGGGCAACCUGGGUAACAUGCUAUGCUCUUGCUGUUUGAGGCUUCUCAGAGACCACAAUGCGAUAUGCCUUAGUAAAUGCAUUCUUCCAUAUGAAAUGUUUUUAGGUGUUGGUAUUCAUGUGUUCUUGGAUUGUACCUAGGGUUCUGUUCAGAUAAAGAUCCCAUUACCGCCAUACUUUGUCUAGAAAUAAGUAGAAACAGAGGGGAGCAAUCCUGUGAACAUCUGGCAGGUCUUUCAGUUAUUUUGGUUGGUUAUUCAUUCUUACCUGGGAGAAAGUGGAAAUGAAAACAAUGAGGCUUACUUCAGAGUAGAUGCUAUCAGAUAGCCAUGUUAAUAUCUCAUUACGAAUUUAUAUGGUUUAAAAACUUAUUUUCAUGAGUCUGUUACUCGGAUACCAACAUUUCUGAAACAGCUUUAAACAUUCUAAAUAUUAAGGUGGAUAUUCAGAGAGGGAAGAAACACUACAUAUGUGUUUAUUUUUCUCUUAAGAAUGGGGGAAGGAACAAAUGGUUGUGGAGUAGUACUUUUACAGUACGAUCCUGUAUGCAUGUCUACUCAGAAGUAAGUUCCAUUGAGUUGAAGAAACUCACUCCCAAGCAAGUGUGUAUAGUAUAAAAAGGUAAAGGACCCCUGACAGUUAAGUCCAGUCGCCAACGACUCUGGGGUUGCAGCACUUAUCUCGCUUUACUGGCUGAGGGAGCCAACGUUUGUCUGCAGACAGUUUUUCCAGGUCAUGUGGCCAGCAUGACUAAGCCGCUUCUGGCGAAACCAGAGCAGCGCACGGAAAUGCUGUUUACGGUCACCUUCCUGCUGGAGUGGUACCUAUUUAUCUACUUGCAUUUUGAUGUGCUUUUGAACUGCUAGGUUGGCAGGAGCUGAGACCAAGCAACGGGAGCUCACCCCGUCGCGGGGUUCGAACCGCCAACCUUCCGAUUGGCAAGCCCUAGGCUCAAUGGUUUAGACAACAGCGCCACCUGCGAAUAGUGGCCUUCAAAUGAAUGGAGUCUUUUAUAAAUUAAAUUAAAAUGCUUGGAGGGGUAAUUUCCUUAGAAGUAAGUUUGAUAAAUUUGUUGGAGUGUUAGAACACUUAAUAUUAAGACAUCUUUUUUCUUGGGAUUUUAAUACAUUAAAAAAGGUGUAAAAAAACCCGUUAAGAGUUCAAUCCUAUAACGUCUUCUCAGAAGUUAGAUCCACUCAGUUCAGUGGAACUUUUUCCUUGGUAAGUGUUUAUUUAGGAUUAUAAAAAUGUCUACAUAGAAGGCUGCAUCAUACCUACAAAGCUUGUGUUAAAAUAAACUUAGCUUAAUCAUGCUAGGUUAAAUGGCUUUGAUUUUAAUUUUGUGACGCUGAAUAUCUCUGUGUACCUCAUUGUGUCUAAGCAAAUCACACCUAUUAUGUAUAUGAAGUUUUGAGGUGUAUCAGUUAAAUAAUUUAGAAAAAAGACAUCAACAAAUACUAAGUUGCAAGAAUGGCUCCUUGAAAAAAAUACUUGUUUUUGAAUAGAAAAAGCUGUGGCAAAGUUUUAGUGUGGGAAUGUUAUUGGUAGAAGGAGGCCUCUAGCCGUGUUGCCAGCUAAAACUCCAUAGAAACCCAGCAGUGAUGCAUAUUUAUAGUUUGCCAAUCACCAUGGUACCAAGGCACUGCUAUAGCUAAAAUCCAUUCUACCCAUUCUUAUAGAUUGUUUCAGCAUCCUUCUUAAUCUUUCUGCAGAUGAAUCCUAAACAAAUUGGGAGAAUGCAUUCAGUACUUAGUACAUUUUCAUGAUUGUUGUUUGCCCACUUUAUAUUUUACAGAUUCAAUAAGUAUCAUGCAAUAAAUAUUGUUAUAUCACACUUUUGUCAGCUAUGAAAUAUUGCUUCUAAAACAGUUGCUUUGCUUGGAUAGGUACACAAAGAAAUAAUUGCUAUGGUAGUAGCUUUUCCCCCUGUAGUGAGUGAUGGCAUAGCCAGUGGCAUAUCUCUUUGAUUUGGUCAGCUCUGUAGUAGCUAAUCUUAGACCUGAUUUAUACAUGAAAUUGACCACAGUGAAAGCUCUUACUCAUGUAAGUUUCCCAUGCUUGCUAUAUCUUAAAGAACUUGCAGGAUAUGUUGCCCCAUUCACAUGUAAUAUUAGCAUGCCAACAAUCAGGGUGUGCUAUUGGCAUGCUAAUGUUGCACAUGAAUGGAUGAGCACACUUUUUUUUUGUAUGUGAAUUUAAAUGUGGUGAAGCACAUGUAAAGCUUAUCCAGAUAAAAGCUUUUCAUGUGACCCACAUCCUACAUGAAUCUAGCUUUAGAGAGGGGUAAGAAUAAAGAAAAUGCAUACCUCCAGUAGUGCUUAUUUUAAAAACCUAAAUAAACACACUCUUUUGGGAGUUGAUGAAUGCCUGAAGUGCCUGGUCAGACCAGUGGGCUGUCGGUGGUGCUUAGUGAUUCUGAAAGACUGUUGGUUGUAUUGAUUAAAUAACCUUUUUAUUAUAGUGCUAACCUUGCAUGUUUGAAUUCUGUGUUUGAAGUGAUCUUGUCUUUCUAGGCUGCUGAGACAGCCAACUAAACUUGACCUUCCUAAGUCAGCACUCAUAGUAAAUCAAGAGCUUUGAGAGGCUGUUGAGGUGGGCUGCAUCUGCAAGCUAUUUAAGCACGAAUCUCGGUAAUUGUCAUUCUGAUAGAAACAUCCAGACUAGAAAGACAGGUCUGUCAUCUAUGAAAAUUUAAAUCUAUUAGCUCCAGUUUAAGAGCUGCUACUUCAUGUCAGGAAUAUUUUGAUGAUGAUGAAUAAAAUUUAUAUACUGCCCUUCAUGUGAAAAUCACAGGGUGGUUUACAGUACGAAAACACAAAAUACAGUACAUAACAUAAUGACGAAAUAACAAUAACCCCUUCCAGUUUAAAAGGCCAUAGAUUAUUUAAUCAGCCAAAAACUUGGGGGAAGAGAAAUGUUUUCACCUAACACUUAAAGAUAUUUAAUGAAGGUGCCAGGUGAGCCUCCCUGGGGAAGAGUAUUAAUGCUUGCUACUCAUCCUUACAGUAACCAUAGUACCUCUCCCCAAAGCCAUUCCUACCUGUCUGCAGACUCUCUUCAAACUUUGUGUCCAUUAUGCACUUUGUCUUCUGUUCUUGAGCUUACCUUUCUAUCACAGAGAAUCUGUAACUCCUAGUGCAGUCUCUUUGACUACUGGUUUCCUGGAAGUACAGACAUGACUUUCUUGCUCUGCCAGUCAUGAGAGUAAGUCACUAUGAACUGGCUCACAUGACUACCAGCUGUUCAUUUCCCCCUGUACAAUCUCUGGUGUGUACAGGAUCAUGUGGGCCAAUCUUGGUAAAAAAAAAAAUCCGACUGUUUACGUUGUGAGAAACCUACAAUUAUUUCUUUGGUAGAUUCAGGAAGUUAUUUUGCAGUCUCCAUGUACAGCCUCAUUCACACCGAGGUUCCUCAUGUGAAGAUUGACUGGAUUCGUAACUGUGAACAGGCCCUAAGUAAAACCUGACAAAACUUCAGAUAGGCUCCCUUUGCUAUCCAGUAUGACAGGCUUCAGACAGUCCUGCUCACCUUGUUUGUUUCAAAGCAUUUUCUUCCCAUUAUGAAUACUUAUCAGAUUCAACCUGUGAGAAGGGACAUCGUUUAAUGACUUUCUAGCCUCUGUGGAGAGCAUGCUUAGUGAGUCCCUUCCAAGCGUUAUAACUUGACAAACAUUUAAUCAGUUUGCUGCAUAACGUAUUUCCCCUUUUUGCUUGCCAAAAAACAUUAACUGUAUAAUGUUGAUAUAUGCAGCAUGAUCUAAGCAUGCUUAAUAGUUUGAAUAAUUUUAAGUUUAAUUGGUAGAUCCUUGUGAGUUCAGUGAGCUUAAAUGUAAAUGUGCAUAGGAUUGCAGCUAAACUGAAUAGUGUGUUUAUGCAAAAAAAAACCCCAUUUUUACUUGUGAUUGUAUUUUUUCAUGUAAAGGUGCUUUAUAUCUAUAUGUAUCAGACUGAUGAAUGACUUUACCCUUCUGAGAAAUUAAGUAAUUUUUUUGAGGAUGAAACUUAAAGGGCUUUCAGUAUUUUGCACUUCUAGUACAUUUUUGAAAAAUUAUCCACACCAUUGCCACAGAAAAGGGCCCAUUCUUUUUAAAUAAAGAAACUGUUGAGAAGAAAAACCAAUGAUAAGAUUGAAAAACCUUAUGGAAUUGAAGUAUUCACAAGUCAAGUGGUAUCCAGUCUAUUGUCAGUAAUGGCAGAAGGUUUGGAAAUAAUGUUUUUGUUUGUUUUAAUUGUUGUCAACAUCACAUAAGUCAGUUGUUUAGGGAAAGAAGCUUUGGCUAGGGUAGACCAGUCAAAUAUAGCUUACAUUCUAGCUAGCGAGAUGUAUAGUAGUAUGCAUAUUUAGUCAGAAGUAAAGAUUUCAUAUGUAACUAUGCAUAGGAUUACACACUUUAUUUAAAAAACCGAAACUGUGUUUCUGAAAGAUGUAUCCUUUAUUGACCUUGUUUGUUGGUGUUCAUGAACUGAAACAAAGGCAGUAUUUUAUCUCAAGUUUCACCUUGGAUAAAAUACAUGAACAGCUGACCUAAAAAAGACUUGUUUGUUUCAAGUCUGAAUCUGCUCCAAGCUGGAUGUUUUAUGAUGAGUUUGCAAGCUUGUUCAAUAACUUCAGUUCCAAAAAAAGUUCCAACUGUAUUGUAAGGGGUUAAAAAGUUGUGGUACAUUAUGUUAAUGAAAAUAUAUUGCUUUAAAAUAUUAGAGGGAAAAUAUUUUUGGUACACAUGACCCACUUGGUACACAUGACCCACAAAGUGGAUCGUUUUGAAAAUGUAUUCCCUUGACACCUUGACGGUAAAGCCUGACAAAUUUCUUCAUUUGCUUUGACUCGUAAGAAGGGCAGGUUGAGUAUGCCCUGAAAACUCAGCUCUCCUUUGUCAGUCUAUUUUAGGAAUUAAAAGUUGCCUAGUGAAAACAAAUUGCAGGCUAGAAAUUCUGUACACUGGGAGAAGAGGUUCUCUCACUCAGUGGCCGUGUUUCUGAUGCAUACUGACCAGCAGAGAUGGAGGCAGGCUUGAGACCCCAGGCACUUACUUCCCUGGGAAUGGAUGGGGACUAGUGGUGAAAGAGAGUUGAGGUGAGGGUCCAGUGAUGGUGGCAUAUAGCAAAGGGGCAGCCAAUUCCAGCUGCCCAGUGUCAGAUGCAAGGCAGCUGCCACUCACUUUCUUUUCAAUAGCAAGGUCUUUUGUGGGUCCAUCUAAGCAUGGAGUGGGGGUUCCUGAGCCUCUUGGGCCAUCCACUCUGGAAAUACACAGCUGGCGAGUAACCUUUUUGUCUUGGUAUGGUAUUAGGAGACAGAAGUGGUGGCAGCUGGAGCCAAAAGGAUUUUCAUCAUGAUCCCUAAGCACCAGAGACACGCUUUGUACUCAGCAAAGGUAUCAAAGGGUCAUGAGUAAUAACAUCUAGAGGCUUUUCAGAUGGCCAGUUUUCUUCCUCUGCAGCACUAAGGAGAGUGUUUGGCUGGGGAUGGGACAAUGCUGUCUUACUGGGUGCUGAGGAGAUCCCAACAGAGGGAACAAGUACAAGAAAGAAUGUCACCCUCACUGCUUGUGGUGUGGCUUGGUUUGCCAUGACCAUCUCUUUGCUGUGUUGCUGUCUGAUGAUUUAAAAAUGGGAGAGGCAUGUGCACAGAUGGAAGAAACAAACCACAGCAGUAGUGGCAGUAGAGCAACUCUGCACUGGUGAAAAAUGGGGACUAGGAAGGAAGGAGAAAGGAAAACUUUAUCCAUGUGACCAGAUGGGUGGGGUAUAAAUAAUAAAUUGUUGUUGUUGUUGUUGUUAUUUGCUAUUAUAGCACACACUCAAAUGACCUGGUGAAGGAGGAACAGAGCAAUCUAUUUCUCCUUCACCCAGCCCAGUUACUAUACUGAAUAGAAAAAAGAAUAGAAUAGCUUUUAAGGCGCUGCAAGGAUCUUUGCUACAACACUUACACAGCUACUCUGCUGGAAAUUGUUGCUGUAAGCACUCCUUGUGAUUGAGCUAGCUUUGGGUUUGCUUUUUUACACACUAUACCUUUAAAGCACAUUCGAAACACAUCGUCGCACAAAGAACCCUGGAAACUGUAGUUUAUCCCUCACAAAGUUAUAGUUCCAGCACCCUUAACAAACUACAGUGCUCAGAACGCUUUGAGUGGAAAAAUGUCUUUGAAAAUUCUUGGUGUGUAUGCCCCCCUCAUAGAAUUGUAGAGUUAAAUAAGACCGUGAGGGUCAUCUAGUCCAACCACCUGCAAGAAGCUCAAUGCUUUCUUGUAUGUUCUUUAUUCAGUCACAGAGCUUAUUCCCCACCCCUCGCCCCCAAAUGAAAUGGCAAAAUACACAUGAAUUAUGGUAUGAGUCUCAUUCAUGUAUAACUUCCUGCUGGUUGUGUUCUUCACAAAGAGCUUGUUUCCAUAGCCACCAGUUUUUUUCUUGUAUUAAUCAGUCUUACAUAAGAUCAGAUGUGUAUAGUGACUUUCUUCCUUACUGCAUUAACAACAUUCACAAGUGAUAUAUUACAGACUGCAAGGUGCUGUUGAUGUCAAAUGUGAAAGCAUUUUUAAUAAAUGGAAGAAAAUUAACAUAAAUUGAAUAUAAACUGUCACUGAAAGGGGAAAACAUAUGAAACCUAACUUACAGUGUUUGAAACCAAAACUGAAAACUGGAACAGAUAAAGUGAUGUUUGUAUUUCAGAUAAUGUGCUUAGCACUAUCAAGAUGUUCCACAACAAAGAUUUGUAAUCAGGUGUAAGAAUUUAUAAUAUUUGUUUCCUUAGUGCUGUGAGACUUAUUUCCUUUAUCUAGUUGUUUUCCAGCAGUGUUUUUAUAUCAUGCUUUUAUGCAGGAUGUAGGAUGGCCUUGGGAAGAAAAGCAGGAUGUAGUUCAGGAUACUAGUGUGUAUAGAUUAUUAGGCCAUGGUUUAAUGGUGUUAUUGCUACUUCUCUGGCAAGUACUGUAAAUUAAAGAAAAAAUGGUCAUGCAACAUUUAAUGAGCAUCAGUCCUGCUGCUGUCUCAGAUUGAGUUUAAUUACUGUGUGAUACUCAGUUGUAUACCACCUCACAGCAGUGCCUCAUCCUUUAUUUUCUUACUGCAUAUGGCUGUUCAGAGCUACAAUGUUCAGAGCUUCCAUGUUUGGUUUCCCUUUAAGGGUAGGAAAAAAAAUAAAAUGCACAGUCCUUUCAAUUACAUGGUAUAAGUGUAAUGGAACUGUAGUAUUGUGUGGCGGGGUGAUGGUGUUAUAUUUCUUUUGAAAAGACUUUUAAGGCACAAUCCUAUACUCAAUAUCUAUCAGUUGAGAGACUAUAGGAUUUGGCUGAAUCACCCUUACAUAGGCAGAAUGCAUGAUUAAUCACCAUCUUUAGAUAUACCGUAUUUUUCGCCCUAUAGGGCGCACCGGCCCAUAGGACGCACCUAGGUUUUUUUUUGGGGGGGGGAAAUCAAGGAAUUUUUUUUUAUUUUCCCCCCAGGUUUGUGCAGCCAUCCCCAAGCUAGAAGAGGGAGACGCUCCGUCUCCCUCUUCUGCCUUCAGGGACAGCCUCUCUAGCCUCCGUGGGGCAGCGGUUUGCCCCACUGUCCCCUGAGCUUGUGGGGCUGGCGAUGGGGAGAAGCAAGCUUGCUUCUCCCCCCCGCCAGCCUCCAGACCAGGUCGGGGAAUAGCGGGGUGGCGGCGCUGCGCCUCCCUGCUGUCCCCCGAGCUUGUGGGCUGCAGGCUGCUGCCUGCAAGCUUUGCGAGCCCGCGGGACCUCCCGCUGGGCUUGCAAGGCUUGCGGAUAGCUUCCUGAAGCCUGGAGAGCGAGAGGGGUCGGUGUGCACCGAUGCCUCUCGCUCUCCAGGCUUCAGCGAAAGCCUGCAUUCGCCCCAUAGGACGCACACACAUUUCCCCUUCAUUUUUGGAGGGGAAAAAGUGCGUCCUAUAGGGCGAAAAAUAUGGUACUGUCAGAACAUUGUGUUUGCAGCCCAUUCUGACAGCCAAGAUACACUGGUAGAAAGGCUAAAAUAACCUAGAGUCAUGGGUAGCCCAGGGGAGAAACAUACUUAGGCUGUCACCUAUACAUGUUUAUUUCACAGUUAGAUCCCCAGUGGCGUGGGGCAAUAUUUCUCUUGCCAUGCAUGUUUAGUUCACAAGGUGAACUUUAGUGUUGGGAAACGGGAUACUUUGUACAAAAUAGCUUGUCUCCAGAACAUUACUAAGGGACUUCAGGACAUUGUUAACACUUCUCUGCACUAAGCAGGGGUGGGGGACUUGUGGCCCUCCAGAUGUUGUCGGACUGUAACUCUAAUCAGUCUCAGUCAGCAUGGCCAAUAGUCUGAGACAAUGAGAGUUCUAGUCCAGAAACAUCUGGAGGGCCUCAGGUUCCCCACCCCCUUCCUUGGAAGAUCGCAGAACAACCAGCAGCUACAUACAUAGUGCUUCAGUAUAGCCCUACUAAGCAGAAACAUGCUCUCCCCCCUCCCCUCUCCCCAUCCAGGUGGUGCAGAGGCAUCAGUUUUGAUUGAGCACUAAGGUAGCACCACUUGCCCUCCCUUUUUCACACACUCUGAAAUACUUAACAUGCAACGUGCAUCCAGGUCCACAAACUAUGUUUUCUGUCUGUUGACUGUUAUUUGCUCUGUCUGCCCUAACAGAGACUGCUUGGCAACAGGUAUAGGCAGUGCUUUUUCUGGGGGUACGCAGGGGUACACAUACCCCUAAACAUUUUGUGAAUCUAAGUUUGGCCUCAUUGAGGGGCAGUAUCUCAAUAUGAGUAGGAAAAUGAGAGUACUGCUAAACAUUUUUUUAAGGAAAAAAACACUGGGUAUAGGAUCCUGUUCAACACCCCUUUCCAUGCUGAGAACAUGGGAGACCCAUCCCACGAUGAGCAGCAGUGCCCAGCACGCUCCUGGUUGUUUCCCUUUGUGGUUGUUAAUCUGCUUGUUCCAGGCAGACUACUGUACCCAUGCAAGCUUCAUGGCAGAGAGUUAUGCAGCAGAUGAAUAUGUUCCUAUCUUUGCGCUAGUUCCACGAGGGAUACUGCACCUGUUACUCUGCUGUCUGUUGAACAGCUAUCUGAGACACAGGAACCCUAUUAUCUAUGAUGCUGUUCAAGAAAGACUAUGAUUUUGCCCUGCUUGUUUUUGUUGUUGUGGAGUGGUAAAUAAGAAGAUGGGAGGAGCUUCAUGGGCAAAAGGGAAUUGACUUCUCCCCUUUCUCUGCUUACCCAUACCACUUUGAUAGGUGAAUAGGGUCACCCACCUGCGAUUCGCCUGAUGACAGAUGACUCACCUUUGAGUGACUCACCUGGGAGUAUGUCCCUGUUGACAGGGGUUAGAAUAGAAUUGUAGAGUUGAAAGGGACCUUGAUGAUCAUCUAGUCCAACCCUCUGUAAUGCAGGAAUCUCAAAACGUGGUCUCCCAUCCAAUUUGAAACCAUACCAGAUCCUGCUUGGCUUUGCAAAUGUGUUAGGAGUUUUAUUGCUGUACCACUAGUUCAUUGCCUCCCUCUAUGUGUGGGCGGUUUAUGGGCUUCAUUGGCAGUACAAGUCUUGGCUACUUGGUACCCGCAGAGUUUUCAGGUAUUCUAUAUGCUUGCUGUUGCUUUUUUACACCAUUUUGGGAUUUUCUGUUUGUAUUUUUCUCCUCUUUGCUGAGUGACUAUUGGAGAUGGCAGCUGUUUACCUAUGCAUACUGGCAUAGCCCCCUAAAGGGGGGGAUAAGUUCUGUUAUGAAGUUUUAUAGCACAGUAGGAGCAAUGAUAAUACAUACAGACCUUCCACUGAUCCCUUUGUUUGCUUCUAAUUGAUUUGAGCAGAUUUUUCUAUUUAGUGCUUGAAUAAAUAUUUCAGAAAUUAUUCUUAGUUUUGAUGGUAACCUGUCUUCAAAAACUGCAUUAUUUUUACCUUUAAUGUGGUGUUUCAGGAGUUUUAAAGUGUAAUUCUUCUCUUCAGAAAGCCUAGGAAACAGGUGUGAUUGCAUUUAUCCGAGAACUCAAGAAACACUUCAGACUCCUAGGUGACAGCCUCGCUUGCAAAUAGCCAUUCAUUUUUACAGUUGUUCUGCAGUAUAUAGUGCAAACAGUGCUGUUUUGGAAAAUGUUUAAGUGGCAAUUUAUUUUUUGCCACCUGUACCUGGAAUUCUGAUUUUUUAAAAAUACUUAGUAUAAACUUCUGAUUCAGGUCAGUUUCUGAACUACUGAUGUCCGAAAGGCUUCUCCUUAUCAUGAAUGAUAUUGUGGUCACUGCUGCAUCCAUGCAAAUAUUUCCACUGUUUAUUAGUUCCUUAUAGUACUGUUUCUAUGUUUUUGUUGAUAACUUUUGAAAUAUACAUUUGUUCUUAAGUGUUUUCCCACAAUAAUUUGUCCUCUCUUCUCACCCUCCCCUUGAGGCAGGAGGAAUGGAAUUUUCUUCUAUGUCAAACUGGCUGGUGGUCCUGUACUGUGUGGGACAUAUCUAGCUUGCUAUAAAUGGAGAGGAUUUUGAAUCACCCCCCUCAAAUAAAGCGCUUAUUAGCUCAUGUGUGAUAAAAGUAGGAUAAGUGAAGAUAUUCAUAUAUAUAUCCCAUAAAAGGUAAAUGAAGAUCUUAUCAGUGCUUACUUUGAAAAAAAACUUUUGAGUAAGUUGUAUUUUCAAGGUAGCCAUAACUGCUUUUGUGUACUGCAUGUAGUUCAGCAAUACUGAAGUGGAUACAGAUGAUGUUUUUUCAGUGAGUUUAAGAUGGUUUGAAAGUGCAAGUGAUUGCUCAUAGUGUUUACUCUCAUCCCACUGGUAAGAAGUUUAGGGUUUUUUUAAAAAAAAUACUUGUUUCAGAAACUUGCAAAAUGUGUUUAACCAGAAGCAAAAGUUUGGCCAAUGAAAUGUGUCUAUUUGUGGGUAUGUUCUGGGAAAUUAAGCCACUCACAAACACUUUCAACUCUCAAAUAUUUCUGUUUAGUAUCAAAGAAUAAUCUUUACCUGUUUGUUGUUUUAGUGACUCCUGAACUUCCUUGAAAGUCUUGGACUGAUAACUAUCAUGUUUCCAAAUAGUGUGCCUAUUUAUUAAAGAACUGCUCAGUGGAUAUCUAGGUAUUUGGCGCUGUUGAGACGUAAAUCUUGUAUAUCUACAUAAAUCUCUGCCUUUUACUUCUGCUGUGUCCAUAGAUUCCAUCGGGCUUCGUAUAUGGACUUCAAGCCUUGGAGGUAGCAGAAUAUUCAGCAGAAGGUAAAGAGGAGUGUUGCCUUCUGGCGUCAUAGUGUGUGCUUGUGUGCGAAUGUGCGCUGGGGUAGUUAGUGUUGUACAAUCCUUCUAGGGAAAAGGCAAAUAUAGUCCUGUCGGCUUGGGAUCUGAGUUAAUAGAACAGUUAUGUCAAUAGACUGCCUGUUGUUUGAACUUGGUCAAAAGUUCCAUCAUCAAAUGUUCCAUGAAAUCAAGAAUGCCCUUGUGUAAGUCUCAGCUUACCACUGUUUCCCAUCAUAGGCUCACCUGAUAGCAAUGGAAGGGCUAUACAGUGGUACCUCGGGUUAAGAACUUAAUUCGUUCUGGAGGUCCGUUCUUAACCUGAAACUGUUCUUAACCUGAGGUACAAAUUUAGCUAAUGGGCCUCCUGCUUCUGCCACACCACCACCACCGUGCAAUUUCUGUUCUCAUCCUGAAGCAAAGUUCUUAACCCAAGGUACUAUUUCUGGGUUAACGGAUUCUGUAGCCUGAAGCGUCUGUAACCUGAAGCAUCUGUAACCUGAGGUACCACUGUAGAGCCUUUGUCUCCUACUUUGGUGAGAGUGAGGGAGGUCACUCUCACUUGCACAGACUAGCCUCUCAUAUAGGACUGGUUAUUCCUUUCAACUCUCCUCAGAAGACUUACUCAUUCUCCAUUCCCAGUUUAGGCCACAUGGCCUAACUUCACUUUCUGUCCUUUCACUUAAUGUCUGGUAUCUCUCGACAUGUGCAUAAUGCUCAAGAAGAAGCUUGCAGCAAGCAAAUACACACACACACACACACACAGAGUCUUCACAGGUUUGAAGGGUUCAUGUCGGCAUUUGCAGUGAAGUACUUGCGUGUGUUGUCGAUACAAGCACACGUUCUGCUCCCUAUCAUUCUGCUGCUUUAUGGGAGGGCCGUGGAGGUGGCUGCCACCAUUCCAUAGAAUGCAUCUAGUGAGAUUCAGUGUGUACGUUUGUGUAUUGGUCUUAAUACAUAAUAAGAGUCUGCUGAAUUGGGCCAAUGGCCCAUCUGCUUCAGCAUCCUGUUUUCACAGUGGCCAACCAGAUGCCUGUGUGAAGCCCUCAAACAGGACAUGAGCUCAACAGUGCACUACCCACCUGCAGUUCUGAGCAACUGGUAUUCAGAGGCAUAGUGCCUCUGACCGUGGAGGAAGAGAAUGGCUAUUGUAACUAGCAGCUAGCAUCUUCUGGGUGCUAUUUUGGCUGGCUAGCCAGCUUUCUUGAAAAGUGUUACAGGCCACUUUUCAAGCAGUACAGCAUCCAUGUGACCUCUGCCAUUUUAAGUGGGUAGGUUGAUGAUGAGGGUAUAGACAGGUGAGAAGCAUUCCCUUCUCAGAGGAAAGGCAGCCUGCACAUGCUUAAUGGCACUUUGGAAAGAUUUCCCCUCAGAAAAGAACUCCGCACAUUCUAAGAGAUUCUUUGUUCUAGGUCCCAUAAGCUUUAUUCAUUGCACUUUUUAUGGAAAAGGGGCCACCAUAUGAUGUAACUUGGUGCUCUGGAAGGUUUUUGGGAGAUCUGGAUUCUGGAGGCUUCUUCAAAGCAGAAUUUUUUUGUAAUUGAUAUACUUCAAUUUAUGUCUUUUUUUGUUCCAAUAAACUAAUGCUUUCAAUACUUGGCCUCUAUUUUACAAUAUUUGACCGGUCAAAUGCCAACUUUAUAGUAAAGUGAAUAGGAAUGUUGAACCAAACAGAAAGAUGUUGAGUUACCUGUACAUACUCCGUUUAGGCUCAUGAUUGUAGGCGAAACCAAUAUGUAAUACAUUUAAUUUAAUUUCCUCUUCUGUGUAUGUUAAACUUUUUGUUUAUAGUGGAAUAUGGCUCCUAUGGAUGUGUUUUGACAAACUCCUGUUGAUAAUUUCUUCUACAUGUUUUAUAAUUUAACUUCGGUUUUAUUGUAUUGUCACCAUGCAUGAAACAAAACCAGGAGCUGAUAACCUUUUUACACGAAUAGCAUCUUUAAUCUCAACAGUUGCUGCUGGCCUGCUAGUGGUUCAGUCACUGCCACUAGAACCUGGCAUAGCUCAAGUUGACUAAACAAAACUAAAUAAUGGCUGCUAAUGGGCUUGGCAGUGCUUGAAUCAGGCUUGAUUAAUUUCUUGUGUAAAUAAAAUUAAGUAGAGGGGGAAAAUAAUGCACUUUAUAUGUAGGUCAGCACAUGGAACAGUUGCCCAUGGAAUUAAUGAAGAGUAUAUGCAAUGAACUAAGCAUGUCUGCUUUUCAUUUCAUAGCUUUCUCAGUAAGUAGGCUUAUGCUUCAAUUUUUACUGUUCUUCUCCGGGCUAAAUAUUAAAAAUUGCAUAGGCUUAAUCUUAUUUCUCUGGGAUUUAUGUGUAGAACAAAUCUUUUGGUGUGAUAGUAAUUGCUUAGGUAUGCAUCAUCUGUCCUAUCUUGUUGCUGACAUUUAUUUCUAUCCAAAUAUAAAGGGUGUGAAAGGUAGCUUAUUAACUUGGAUCACAUGAUUAAUACUGGUAUCACUAUCAUUUUGUGAUUUCAAUUCUCUUCAAUUUUCUUCAGUAUUUCUGUUGAGUACUAUAGCAAUUUCUAACAUGAGUUGUGUCUAGGGGGAAGACUUUGGUUUCAGGAAGGUGACACUGCCAGUGGGAAACUAUUUUAGGAUGAUGAUGCAUAGCAAGCGGUUGUACAACCUUAUUAUGAAUGUGACAUAUGGUUCAUAAAAAUCUAAGGGCUGGAUAUGAGGAGAGGUUCUUCUAGGGAGCCAGCUCUCUGCAUCAUGACAAGUAUCCUUUACACAUUAAUGUUCUUUCCCACCCCUGCCUAAAGAAUUCACAUGAUCUCGUCUACAGUGUGCCGCAAGCAGACAGCACAACUGAGCAUGAUGUCUCACAUCGAGGUGCAUGCAAGUAGCUGACUUGCAGUGUGGCUUAAGCAGGCAAGCCAAAGAAAGGCAAAACCAGCUAUAGUGUCACUAGCUGUCCUGAACUGAGGAAUAGAUUCCUGAAUUCAAAUAAUAGCAAUCAAUUGCACUCUCCAUAUUCUUAAAGCUUGGGCAUUUCCUUUUUUUAUAGUGAAUUUGGGUUGUGGUGGCGGUAUAGAAACCUCAAGGACGAGGCAAGGAACACAGCAGCAGCAAGACACUUGAUUGUACCAGCUGCAAACUCUGACAGUUACUUACACAAUAAUGGCAUGAAUGACACUGAACCACAACAACCCUUUGUCUUUUGCCAGAGCUGAAUAUCUUGGAAACGCUCCUUGGGUGGGAAUGAGUUAACAGAAACCGGCCUGGAUCCCUAAACUGCAUUUCCAUUUCCCAGGAUACCACCCUUUUGCAGGGACUACAAAUUAUGCUGGGGUUAUACUAUGAGUAAAGUGCUUGUUUGUAUAUCUGGCCGUGAAAUCCAGUCCCACCAAAUAUAUCCUCUUUUGCAGGUGGGGUAGAGAGUCCAAAUAGAAGUGGGGGAGCUACACAUGAGUAAUAGAAUGUUUAACAGUCAGAAUGUCAACAGGUGAAACUUUUCUUAUAAUUUAAUUUCUGUAACAGAAAAGGCUCAGACAUGUUGAAUUCCUGUUUGCCACAGAGCUACCUUACAGGUGGUUACCUCAUGGGCACGUCUGCCCCCCCUCCACUUGUCAUUUAAUUUUUCAAAGUUUUUAAAUUUGGCUGUUCCAAUGGGCUCCUUCCUAUGAAGCUGCAAUGUCAAAAGGAUUUUGUGGCCCCUUAUAUCCCCCCUCCCCCAAUUAAAAAUAAUUUGCUGGCUUUAGGCAAUACCUAUUUUACACUUUAAUGAGCAGGCCCUGAUAGCUUGAGGAAGGCAGAAGAUCAGAUUGCGUCUGCCCAUCUGCCAAGUAGUCAGAGCAACACCUGCUCUGGUUAUGCUCCCUGAAGCGUGUCUAGGGCUCAGUAGGUAGGUGGUCCUUAAACUUAAAGAUUUCUGAUCCAGCAGUCAUCUUUGAUAAUGGAAAUGGGAAGAAAUUUUAGCUGAUUCUGAGUCUCCUCUGCAGCCCCACCCCGACCCGGUGUUACUCUAUUUUCUAUAUAGGAGCCCUCUAGAACAGCAUGGGAGGUAGUGAGGGUAGCCAACAGAGGUUGGGAAAUGGAUGCAUGUUGGCUCCCCUCUCCUGUUAGCAGAGGUGUCCACUAUGUCCACUGUGCUGCAAAUAGAAUGAAUCCUCCUAUACAAACCACAAGUGUUAUUGUGUAAAACAUGGGGUAUAAUAGCUAAAAUGAAAAUAAUUGUGUAUAAAAAUAAGUUGGUGUUUGACAUUGUGGAAGUAUUGGGUCCAGUGAUGCUAUGCUCAGUUUCUCCUCAGUUAAAAUGUGAGCAAAGUUUGGUCAGUGUCUACUGGUUUGGUAGUUUCCUGCUUGCUUCAAGUAUGUAUAUUCUUCUUUUAGCUGUUCAACGUUUAAAUAGGUAUUGAUAAUUUUUUUUUUAAAAAAAAAUUAAGAACAUCUUUGGCUUUGUCAGUCAGAAAAGUAAGGGGGAAAUAAAAUAGAAGUUGAAAACUGAUCUAGUAAGCAGAGGAAGAUUUUUAUUAACUAAGCAUAAAAGUAGGUAUACCAGAGCAAAACAAUGCAUAAACAAAUUAAAUGUGCAUUUUUAAAGAUGAGAAAAUAAACAUUAAUGAAACAUGAUUAAUGUGUAGCACUGAAUUUGAGUAUUUAGCGUAAACUUAAUAGACACAUAACAUUUUACAAAUGCUGCUGUCCUAUGCAUAUUUGAGGAUGAUCCUCAUUGAACAACCUGGAUCAUGUACAGGAACACUCAAGCUUUCCAUACCUGAUGUUGGCAGAAAACGUGCAUAACAGCUGAAGGAAGAACAUAAGCUUCCAGCUGGCAAGACAACAGUUUAACUGUCAUAUCAUAACUGUUACCACAGACUAUCCAAGUGGAAUGCUUUAGUAACCCUGGAGACCACCAGUAGCUGGAAACAUGCAAACAUGUACGUAAGCUCAGACACAGAACUCAGAUACUGUUGUAACUUCCAACAACUAGUUGGGAAUUGUCCAAUAAUGUAUGGAGAACACCAGGAAACCUGAUCCAAGUUAACUAUAUAGAAAACCAGGACUACAAUCCUGAGCAUGUUUUACUUGAGUUUAACCCAUAGAGUUCAUUGGGGCUGGUUUCAGGUAAGUGUGUAGAGGAUUGCAUCCUUGGUAUCCUAAAACCAUACUUAUUUUCUGAGAGCUGGGUAUAAAUAAUAUAUCAUUGAAAAAACUAGCAUAGCUCAAAUUCCUUUUCUGAUCAGUAUCUGAAAGAUAGUUCUGAUUUUAAACUUUCAUUUUGACCUUCAUGGACACCUGAAAAUGGAAUAUGGCAUGAAUUGGAAGAAGGUUCUUCACUCUCUUACACAUGUUAGUUUUUUCAUUGGUUGUAUACGUUUGACAAUCAUUCAUUGGGCUUUAUGUCACUUGAUGCAGAAGAGGGAAGAAUUUGAGGAAAGUGAAGAGCAGUCUGGAGUCUGAAGCUUCCCCAUGCAAAGGUCCUAGCUUUACAUUGCAAGAAGAGUUUGUUGAUUCAUAUACAGUGGUACCUCGGGUUAAGUACUUAAUUCAUUCCGGAGGUCUGUACUUAACCUGAAACUGUUCUUAACCUGAAGCACCACUUUAGCUAAUGGGGCCUCCUGCUGCUGCUGCGCCGCCAGAGCACGAUUUCUGUUCUCAUCCUGAAGCAAAGUUCUUAACCUGAAGCACUAUUUCUGGGUUAGCGGAGUCUGUAACCUGAAGCGUAUGUAACCCGAGAUACCACUGUAUCUUAACAUGAUCUGUAUUCAACUUCUGAAACAUUUUCCAGACAAGAUUGUUGCUUGUUUAAUAGUCCAAAGACCGUCCCUGGAAACUGCUUUUCUAUAGUAGGCAAGGCUAUUUGUUUUACCCAGUAUUGUUUUCUCUGUCUUCCAGUUGCUCUCUAGGUUCUUGUGGUUCUUAUGCAGAGGUCUUUCCCCAUCUCCUGAUAUCUGAUCCUUCUUUGAAUGGAGUGCUAACAAUAUUUGUUUUCAAUGCUACUUCCAAAAAGCAUUUCACCUAUUAUUUUCAAAGAAAGAGUAUUAUAUUCUCAGAUUCUCAGUUUUUGCAGUAGCAUAAUUUGGGGGUGGGCAGUUUGGAAUCUCCCUCUUCCCUGAUGCCUUUGCAUCUCUGACUUGGUACGCACCCAACUGAGGAGGCAGAUAUCGCCCACAUAAGCACCACCUUCAAACCCAUUAGGAAUGGGGGAAGCAGUCUUAAACUUGCAGUAUGUGGAUUGUUCACUUCCCAGUAGAUGUCAAGAAUAUGGUAAGACCAGCUUCCUUCCUUAUCACUUGACGGAGAAUCAAACUGUGAAUUACAUGCGUGGCUAGCAUGUCCGAAUAGCUUUAAAAUUUAAUCCUACUGUACAGUCUCUCUCCUCCAACCAUCUCAUAUUAUUCAGGCAUGCAACCCAUCAAGAGGUUUAGCCCUUCUCUCCCCAGCACCAGUUCCAGUGAAAAACACAUGCACAAACAUUCUCAACCUGCAGUUUGGUGUCAAAAAUAAUCCUGUUGGUACCAAUGGGAGAUCUUUUCUGAAGACUAAUGACCGUACUGCACUGGGAUCAGUGUUCAUUUAUCACAGAUGGGCAGGGAAAGGUUCAACUUCACUUCCAUCAGUGCCAUGAUCCCUGCACCUUGUUGGUGCUAACCCUGUAACUUGUCUAAGGUUUUUGGGUUGAGUUAGCUUGUUUUGUCUGUCUUAGUUGUAUUUCCUGGGUGCAGCUAUAUUUCUGUUAGGAGAUUCUAUCUUGCUGUUGUUGGCUAGUGUAGCUGGGCUGCUUAGAUCUUGGGAAUUAUCCAGGUUUUCAGGCUAUGCUUGGUGCAGCCCUGUGUGCUUUUGUUAAAAUACCAUAUCUUCAUCAUGUUUUGUUUUUGUUCUGUUUUUGGGUGGUAUUUGGAAAACUGCCAUUUCAAGAGGAGGUAUUUUCACUAGAAUAUCACAUGCCAGAUUUAUUGUUUUCUGGUUAAUAGAAGAACUUUGUCAUCCCUGACAAAUAUAGACUAGAGAUUAAUUAGUAUAUGUGUUCUUUAACUAUUUUAAAUAUAAAUAAGCCCUGUACCAUUUACUGUUUUCUUUUUCCAGAAAAGAUGAAAAGGAGUAUGCAUUGAAGCAGAUUGAAGGUACAGGGAUAUCCAUGUCGGCAUGUAGAGAAAUAGCAGUAAGUGAAUACAUUGCUUAAAUAAGUUUAUAAUUAAUGGUGGGUUUUAAAAAAAAACUUUUGUAAAAGUUCAGGUUUAAUUAUCUGAUAAAUUUCUUAAUUGAAACUUUAUUCAAGUAUAAUACACAACUAUUUUUUUUUAAGUAUUUUGUUAAAUUUAAAAUGCAAGCUUUAAAUACAUCCUGAACAGCCAUCUAGUUGGGCAGGCUUUUCCUGGCUCAUCAGAUUCAUAAUCCUGCUCCAUUAUUUCUUGUAAUUUUAUUGAAUGUUUUAUGUACAUAGAUUUUUUUCUCCUGUAAUCACCUUAUUGUGAUUUAUGAUAACUGCCUAGGGAUUUUUAAAUAUUAUGUGGGGUGGGUGGGUGCGUAUGAAAGUUAAAUAAAGAAUUAUUUUUAAAGAAACUUUUGCAGAACAUUUGGUACCACUCCAGUUGGGUUUGAAAACAAUUUGUAGCUUGGAGCUUCUUGAACUUGUGCCAUCAUUAGAAGGGAUCUUAUGAAAAUGCUCUGAUGUGUAAUUAAGAGAGAUUACAUGGUUUUUGGACUUAGUGUAUAAAUUGAACACCUCCCUGUUUUGGUAGCUGGAGGUAGUGAAAAACUUUUAAAAAAUAAUGGUGUUUUAAAAAGAAAUUUGGUGCUUAUUACCUUAGGGGGGUAUGCAUUCAUUUUUCAGUAAUGAAAAGUUAAAUCCAUGAAUGUAAUCCUCAGCAGUAGUGUCUAUUUCUGACCUGUAUGCCACUGACAAAAUAUGAAAUGGUACAUUGGCUGAAUAUGCCACCAGGUGCGAGACACAGAUACUCUUCCUUUAGUCCCUCCCACUUCUAGAAUUAUUUCUGUCAUUCUGCAUUUAUAGCUCAAUCACCUCUUUCUAGGAGAGGAAUGGAUAACCAAGCAUGGACAUGUUAUUCAACAAAUAACAGGAGACCAGGAACCUAUAAAAGGCAAGCUCAUAAAGCUGAGCCAUGCAUGUUUAUGACUGUGUAUACAUGUCUUUUUCUCAGAAUCAUGGAGUGCCAUUGAGAGACAGUAUUCAGACAACAGGCCAGUGCUCAGAAAUGGAAUGCAUAGUUUUAUUACAAAGCAAAACAUUGAUUUAAUAUGCAGGCUGUUAAGAGCAAAAAAAAGCAUUGGUUAAUCAAGCCAUAAUAUUUGUUCUCCUGAGAUGAAGAAGCAGGGACUGAAUAUGGACAUCAUUCUUAGCACCAGAUUGGAGUAUUUGGGGUUGGUUGCAGGGGUGGGGGGUGGGGCUUUCCCAGUUCUGCAGGUGCCUGGAGCCUAUUAUGGUAUGUUACAAAGCUUCUUUGAAUGGGACUAGGAAGGGAAUUGUGUAGUGGUGCUCACUUGGAUCUUGAACUGAUUUGAGUUCAAAACAAUAAAAAUGAAGAAGGCAAGGAAUACUGGGAAGGACGCCAAAGCUUCCUUUGUUUCUUAAACUAAUCCUCUUUCUGGAGCCACAAAAUGGAUUAUUUGAGAGCAUAUCCCAAACUGAAUACUAGGACCUAACUGAAAGAACUCUCUUAUAUGUCAAAUUAUACUAGGAGAGUUUCACUCCCUACAAUUUGACCUAAAUGGCAAAGGAGAACAGAGUCUUGAUGGGCACCUAGGAGUCACCCUGGGGUGUAUCGAAUGAAGUGAAAAUAUAAUUUCUACUCAUAAUCUCCAGUGAAUAAUUCACACACACCCUUAAGAUGUAUGAAUGACUAGCAGUGGUAGUGCUUUAAGGGUGAUGCUUUACUGUAGCUGGAUUUCAACACAUGCUCUUGAGUGGUUUGCUAAAGUUAUGCAUCAAAUAAUUAGCGUGGCUUCUGUAUGUUUGGAGUUCUUGUGCAGUUAUGCAAAGCUGGCAAGAAGCAUUCCCACUGAAAGCAACUGAUAUGAAUUUAAGAUUUCCCCCUGGCUGAUCCUACGCUCCAUGCUUAGUUGGCCUGUACCAUGCAAGAAUGAAAACAAUUAGACAUUUUAGGAAUUUUCAAAAGACCAGCAAGGUAGAGCACAUCAGCAAUGGGGUAGGUCAUGGCUUCUAUUUCCUGAAUAUGCAAAAAGCAUUCUAAUUACUGAAUUGCAUAUACUUGAAUAUUAAAAUAUUAAAUGUUUCCAAAUUGUGAAUGCCUCCUCCUAUGCAUGAUUUGGAAGCACAUUUUAAAACCUUCCUUUACUAUGUUGAAAAUACUUCAGAAUGAUAGAUAAUGUUAAAACGGGGCAUAGUCUGUCACUUCUGUGCUUCAUCACCCACUAAAAUCAGUGCAUCUAAUUUGCUUCAUCCGUACUGAAACCUAUAUUAAAGGACUGCAGCCUAAUAUGUGAAUUAUGAAGCAGCCAUUCCACCACCCUCUAGCAGAGGGAGAUGGGACUAUUAGGGCUUCUCCAUUGGCUCUACUGGAAAAACACCAACUUUUGCCCCUGCUAUCCUUGAACUCUAUCCAGUACAGCUGGCUGUUAAAAUAAUUCUAUUACUAAAAUCCAUUGCCUAAGUUUGCUUUCCCCUUCUUCCUUCCCAGUCUCCUUUCCUUUUGAAAGUUUGUUCACUAUGCAUUCGAAUACCUCUGAAGCUAACCAAUUUUUGUAUGAUAGCUUCUGAGAUCAAGGUACAGGUUUUCAUCUGUAUCUGAGUAUAAUUGACUGUCAUUUUGAAUCAAAAUUGUCGAUUGAACCUUUCAAAACCACACUGAUUUUUACCAUGGAUUUCAAAACUGCACUAAUUUUUUUGUUUCUUAGUAUUCCCGAGCAAUGCUGGGAAUGAAGCUGCUUUUUAUUGCUAUUUUGUAUUGAUAUGAGGCCUGGGAUUGCUACCGUGGAGGGGCGAGGGAGGUAUGGCGGUGGGGGCAGAUGUUAUAGGUGAAGGGGAUCGAGAGAUGGAUACGCUCGUACCCCUUCCAAUCUGCGCCCCAUCCCGAGGGACGAGGGUAGGGUGAGCAAGGAUUACUCACCUCCGUCACUGGUGCUGUGCAAUGCCAGGUCUAUAGGCAAUAAAACCGCCACCCUGCGAGAUUUCUUUAUCUCGCAGGGGGUCGACCUGGCUUGUGUGACGGAGAUCUGGGUGCGCGAAGGGGCAACAGUUACCUUACGAGAGAUGGCGCCCCCGGGUUUCUCCGUCCUCCACCAGUCGCGGACUGUGGGCCGGGGGGGAGGGGUGGCAUUAUUAAUCCGGGAAGAUUGUCCUUUCAGGGCUCUACCAUCGCCAUCGAUCCCUGGCAUUGAAUGUGUUGGCCUAGUGUGGGGCUCCGAGGAGAGCUUGGCUGUCUGGCUGGUGUACCGGCCACCUAGCGCACCGGCAGCCACCCUGUCAGGCCUAUUGGAGGUGGUGGCCGGCUGGGCCUUGGAGUUCCCUAACCUAUUGGUAUUGGGGGACUUUAACAUCCAUGCUGAUGCCACUCCCUCCUCACAGGCUCUGGACCUGGUGUCUUCCAUGGCGACACUAGGGCUCUCCCAGUUUGUUUUGGGCCCCACACAUCAAGCAGGCCACACGCUGGAUUUGAUCUUUGGCGUAGGUAUAGAUGUGAUCAUGUCUCCUUCGAUGAAGGUGCCAUGGUCUGAUCACUACGCUCUGAAAGCCAGGAUUGACUUUCCGCCCCCACCCUGCUUAGGUGGCAAGCCAAUUUGGGCUCGCCCGCAGAGGCUGAUGGACCCUGAUAGAUUCCGCCAAGCCUUGCGGGACCUUGCUCCCCCGGCGACUCAUUGACUGAGCUUGUUGAGGGCUGGAAUACCCAGCUCCUGGCAGCCAUCGAUGAGAUCGCACCUAAGCGCCCUCUGCGACCCCGCAGAAACCGGGCUCCUGGUUUACCGAGGAGCUCUGGAAAAUGAAGCGGGACCUCAGACGGCUAGAGCGAGUAUGGCGGGGUGCCCGUGACGGAGCCUCAAGAACAUCUUAUAGGGCUUUUAUGAAAACCUACGAGAUGGCGGUGAAGGCUGCUAAGAAGUCAUACUUCUCGGCCUCCAUUGCAUCCGCUAGCUCUCGCCCAGCGCAAUUAUUUAGUAUAAUCAGGUCUUUAACGUCCCUUGAGGGACAGCCAAAUUUAAAUAACAAUUUGACACUUAGCUGUGAGGCAUUUGCGAGCUUUUUUGCGGAGAAGGUCCUGUUGCUCCGCCAUGACCUCCCUGCCAAUUUGGAUACAAUAAAGGAACUGGAGGCCCCUCUUUUUUUUAAUAAGAUAUUUAUUAAGAUUUUUUAAAAUAUUACAAUAAAAGUGAAAAAAAUAACAAAAAUACAAAAUAAAAAUGGUUAAAAACACCCAGAUUUUCCAUUACUUAUUUUGCUUUAGCUUGUUUCCCGGACCUCCUCAUACCUCCCUUUUUUGUCUUCCACUUCAAUCUGUUGGAUCAGCAAGUCCUUACCCUCUUUAAUUAUCCUAAUCCUUGAUCUUAAAAAUAAUAGCAUUAGAUUUUUACCUAUUUAUAACCCUUUUUUCAUAUUCCCUUAAAGCAUUACAGCUGGAAACCACUUGAUUUCUAUCCAACAUCAUUCUAACAUUCAUUAAUUUUACAAUAUUUCUGUAGAUAAUCUUUGAAUUUCUUCCACUCUUCUUCCACCGACUCUUCUCCCUGGUCUCAGAUUCUGCCAGUCAUUUCUGCCAGUUCCAUAUAGUCCAUCAGCUUCAUCUGCCAUUCUUCCAGAGUGGGUAGAUCUUGUGUCUUCCAAUACUUUGCAAUGAGUAUUCUUGCUGCUGUUGGGAACUGGAGGCCCCUCGACUGUCCUCGGGUCCAGUAUUGGACCACUUCAACCGGAUACCCCCAGCCAAUGUGGACAGACUCCUCCGAGCUGGAAAGCCCACCACCUGUCCUCUCGACCCGUGCCCGUCUUGGCUGAUUAGAGCGUGUCCAGACGAGGUGCGGGCCCUCCUGGGAUAUCAUCAAUUUGUCCCUUGGCACGGGGACAUUCCCAGGGGAACUGAAGGAGGCAGUGGUGCGCCCGCUCUUAAAGAAAACAUCAUUAGAUCCUUUAGAUCUAUCCAAUUACCACCCGGUUUCGAAUCUUCCGUUCCUGGGUAAGGUGAUUGAGAGAGCGGUUGCUGAACAGCUUGGUGGGUUUCUGGAUGAAACAUCGGCUCUGGAUCCAUUCCAGUCCGGCUUCCGUGCUGGUCAUGGGACCGAGACGGCUCUGGUCGCCCUAACAGAUGAUCUUCGUAGACAGCUGGAUCGAGGCGGGUCGGGGCUGCUGAUUCUUCUAGAUCUGUCAGCAGCUUUCGACAUGGUCGAUCACGAACUUCUGGACCACCGCCUUGCCGACGUGGGGAUCCAGGGCACAGUCCUUCAAUGGCUGCGCUCGUUUCUCUCUGGUCGGGGACAGAGGGUGGCGCUUGGGGGGGAAUUGUCAUCGCGCCACUCCUUGGUGUGUGGAGUACCUCAGGGUGCGAUACUCUCCCGAUGCUUUUCAACAUCUUUAUGCGCCCCCUCGCCCAGCUUGUUCGGAGUUUUGGGCUGGGUUGCCAUCAGUAUGCCGAUGACACCCAACUCUAUCUGUUGAUGGAUGGCCAUCCUGACUCGGCCCCAGACACACUGACCAGAUGUUUGGAAGCUGUGGCUGGAUGGUUACGUGGGAGCCGGUUGAAGCUAAAUCCUUCGAAGACAGAGGUCCUGUGGCUGGGACGGGGCGAUAUGGGAUUGGGGGGGCAACUCCCAUCUCUUGCAGGGGCGCAAUUAGUGCCAGCACCGUCCGUUAAGAGUUUGGGUGUAAUCUUCGACACCUCCCUUUCCAUGGAGGCGCAGAUUGCAGCUAUAACAAAGGCGGCAUUUUUCCAUCUCCGCCAAGCUAAGCAGUUGGCUCCUUACCUCUCUCGCCCUGACCUAGCCACUGUGAUCCACGCGACGGUCACCUCCAGACUGGAUUAUCGUAACUCGCUCUACGUGGGGCUGCCCUUGAGACUGACCCAGAAACUCCAGCGGGUGCAGAAUGCUGCAGCGAGACUCCUUACGAGGUCUUCGCUGCGAGAUCACAUUCACCCGGUCCUACACCAGCUGCACUGGCUCCCGGUGGAGUACAGGAUCAGGUUUAAGGUGCUGGUUUUAACCUUUAAAGCCCUAUACGGCCUAGGACCCUCGUACCUACGGGACCGCCUCUCAUGGUAUGCCCCACAGAGAAACUUACGGUCUUCAAAUAAAAAGAUCUUGAAGGUCCCAGGCCACAGAGAAGUUAGGCUGGCCUCAACUAGAGCCAGGGCUUUUUCGGCUGUGGCUCCGAUCUGGUGGAACACUCUGUCACAAGAGACCAGGGCCCUGCGGGACUCGACAUCUUUCCGCAGGGCCUGCAAGACAGAGCUGUUCCACCAGGCCUUUGGCCAGGGCACAGCCUGACUCCCUCCCUCGGCAAUCUUCGCGGAGCUCUGGCCCAAUGGUUGCCAGUGGCUUGAAUUAAUUAAUUUUAUAAUGAAUGAUUUUAGAGUGUUGUUUAUGCUGUACUUUUAUACUGUUUUAUUGUUGUUAGCUGCCCUGAGCCCGGCUUCGGCUGGGGAGGGCGGGAUAUAAAUAAAAUUUCUUAUUCUUAUUCUUAUUCUUAUUCUUAUUCUUAUUUGUAAACCUGUUCUGGAAACCCUUUUUCAGCUGAAGAGCAAGCUAAAAACACUUAACAAACAAAUCAGAUAUGGAAAUAAUCUGUGCAAACUUAAUUCAGUCACAGUUUACACAAUUAGCAUUUUGUAGGGAGAAAAAUGAAUAUUGUAUGCUUUACCUUUUGGUCUUCUAAUCAUAUUUAGUUAUUUGACUCUUAAUGUGUUCAGUACAUUGUUAGGUGGCUGUAUAGAGAAACAUCUGCAACAUUUACUUACUCCUAUCACGUUGCAUAGUUUAAGCUCAGAUGAAAAUAUAAUGAAGACACAGUCCUAAAGUCUGAACAUAAUUCUUAUUUUCGAUUCUUUUGCUUUGCUUUUUAUAAAAUUCUACAUGUACAUAUUGGGUUUUUUAAAAACAACAGCACUCAAGUGUGAGGUUUAGAAGAGAUUUUAAUAUUGCUACAAAUCUUCAUUGAUUUCCCUGUCUAAUGUCUGCAGAAGCAUUUACACCCAUGUAAUCAGCAGACAUAAAAUAUGUUGAAAUUAUAUUGUGAACACUUGCAGACUACUUAUCAUUUAUUCAGCUAGAGCACCACUCCUUUCUUGCAAUCAUCUAGCUUGCCUGAUUUAUUAAACUUUUCUGCUACCGUUUUUACCUUCCCGCAUUGGUCACUAUGAUUGGGUGUGGUAUAUGCCCUAUUUCAGAACAGGCAAUUGUUAACUUGAUGAUAUUUGUGUGUGGGUUUGACUGCUUCUACCUUUGCACUAAAAAAUAGGCAUAGGAGGAAAUUUGUUUGGUCUACUUUGCAGUGCAGUAACAUGAUCUGAUGCUCCUGAGCUUGCUUGCUGAUUUUAAGUUAAGUGUGCACGUAAUGCAUACAGCAGGACAAGUGCAGAUGAAUUGGAUGCAGUGGGCACCAGGGGACGCAAUGGGAUGGAACACAGCUAUGAUCAAGAGCCAGCAAGACUGAAAUAGGAUGGAAUUAGAGGCUUAGCCCAUCCCUAUUGAAAAAUAUGCAGGCUAGUGAUUGUGAUAUUUUACUGUGCCUCCUAUCAGUAAAAGUGCCAAACUUAUUUAUGCUCUUUCUGUGAACCCCAUGGAAUGAAAGCACAAUGCUAAUUGUCUCAUUUCCUUUACUUGAAUCAAAGCAUAAUCCUUUUUAAAGUCACUUGAAAUGCUUUUGUUUAAGAAGAAUGCUGUUCAUUAAUGCCAGAACAUUUUCAGAUCUUGAAAUGAAAUUAUUUAUAGAACAACUGCUUUUCAAAAUGCUUGUUAUGGAACAAGGGUGUUGCAUGACUUGAGCAAUUGUAGUAAAAAAGAAAAGCAGCACUUGCCAACAAUGCACAAGAAAGUAUUUUUAAAAAUCAAGGAUUCAAUAAGCUAUAGCUAUUGUGUAAAAUAUCCUAAGGGCAUUUUAGUUCCCUUGCUCGGUUUCAGGUGUCUGCACACCAUUUAUCCUAGGCAGUGAAUAGCCAUUCUUAGUUGGUUAAGUGAUUUGUCCUCUAAAUUCUGGUUUUGAAAGUGAAACUGGUAUCCCAAUAGUUCUGCAAGCUAUGAGCAGUCAGCAUCCAGCCUGUUUGAAGGAUCUGGCAUUUAGUGAUGCUUUUACAAUAAAUUGUCUUGUACUUCUUGCAACUUUAGAAAUUUAAGCUAUAAAAAUGUAGAGGCCCUUCCCAUCUGCCUGUGUGCAAGAGUAGGUUAGAAGAUAUGUAUAUUAUGGUAGGUGGCUUCAGAUUUAGAAUUCUGAGUUAGACAGUGUGGUUUGCUAAGGCUGCACUAGAGGAGCCAGAGUAAGUGAAUAUACGGCUGGGUGCUAGUCAGGGAGAGUUGGCGUUGGUUGUAUCAGUUCGUGUUGAUCAGAGAGGGAGUUAGUGUUUGUUGAUGGUGUUUGUGGUGGACAGCAAGAAGACAGCAGAGGAAGAGGGUCAAGAAAGAAAAAGGAAGACCCAAAAGGAAGACAGAGUGACUUGGUGGCCAAAGACUUGUUGGGGUAGCUGAAUCACUUGCCUCAGGCUAAAGAGAUGAGGGGAAAAUAUGUAUAUAGCAUCAAAGGUGAAGAAAUGAGAGGCAGCUUGGAAUUCUAGGCUGUAGUGUCUGGUAGGAAAGCCAGAGGAAGAUUCCAGGAUAGCACAGUAAAAACAGAUCUAUGCUCCAAACGAUCAGUAGGAAACAGAGGUUUCAAUAAAGGUGCUCUGUUUUAGUGUUGGUGAGGCCUAACUGGGGUGGAGUAAGUACAAGGGCAACCCAACAAAGGAGUUUUAAUAAGUUAACUGUUUCAUCAAACCUGUAUUGGUUUUGCAGUGUAAAAUAAGCUGUACUGCAUAUUAAAGUAACCACAAGAUUGGGCGCUACAUAAUCUUGUAAUAAAUAAACAUUAAUGCUUGUUUAUUAUUUAUCUUUGUUAAAUAUAGUAACUAUAUUCGACUUUGUCAUACCUCCAUCCCACAAUUAUCAGGGAUUAUUGGAUAGUUGAUAUGCUAAGGGUGCAAGUGAUACUAAAUGAUGGCAGUUGUAUGGAAGUUGGGCUUUGUUAAUAAAAUAAGUAAUGAAAACCCCCCCUCCUUUUCUUCACCUAGACCUUGGACCUAAAGGGGAGGAGAUUAGGUUGAAUGAUCCCCCAGAUCCCCCAGAUUUUAAGACCUGCUAAGGAACAGAGGAUUGUUAUUAUGUCCUCAUAUGAAAAAUCACAGAAUUCAAUACUAUAUUCAAUACUAUACCUUGUUAAGUAUAGUAACUAUAUUCGACUUUGUCAUACCUCCAUCCCACAAUUAUCAGGGAUUAUUGGAAAGUUAAUAUGCUAAGGGUGCAAGUGAUACUAAAUGAUGGCAGUUGUGUGGAAGUUGGGCUUACUUACAGUGGUAUGGAAGUUGGGAUUACUUAUUUUACUUAAAAUAAGUAAUGAAAAACUUUUCUCCUUUUCUCCACCUAGACCUUGGACCUAAAGGGGAGGAGAUUAGUUGAAUGAUCCCCCAGAUCCCCCAGAUUUUAAGACCUGCUAAGGAACAGAGGAUUGUUAUUAUGUCCUCAUAUUGAAAAACCACAGAAUUCGAGGAUGUGCUUUCUUUUCCCCAUGACUGUAUAAGCUCUGUAUUUAAGCUCUGAUCCAGCAAAGGCUCCUGCCAGUAAAGGGGGAGAGGUGAUUUUAGCUAAAUUUCCCUUGCAACCUCUAUGCCCUUUGAAAAAUAAAUUGCUCUGGAGAUUAGAAGACCCUCCAAAACCACAUGGGAGGUGGUGCUCUAUGGGCUGUAGAGUAGGCAAAAAUUCCUUCUCGCUGACAAGAGCCUCUGCUGGCCUGGAGCAAUAGUUAUUUCAAAUUGCCAAAACAUCAGUGUAGGUGCCUUGUGGAGCUAAUGAAAGAAGUGUAGGAAUUCUUUCAGUUUAAUAAGCUGCUGCCAUGUGCCGAUUGAAAAAGCGGCCGUCUUAUCUUCUAAGGCUCUUUUUCAUUUUCAUUGAGGACUGCAUCAAAAUAGCCUAGGCAAAUAAAAGAGAUUAUUUGCUCUCUGGCUCACUGUUAUAAAAAUAGGCUUCAUCAGUUACUCAACUAAAGCUUUAUGUCAAAUAACAGAUUAAAGCAAGAAUGAGGAAGCAAGGAUGAGGAACCUCCUCCCACUUUUUUCCCUGGAGGGGGGACUGUACACUGGCAGCAGAUGAAGCAGAAGCCAGGCGAGGACAGGGCAUCCUCUUCUCUCUUCCUCUCAUUCUGCCUCUCCUGGAUUAAAGCUUGGCACUUUUUUACUGAUACUUGUAUUGAUUUAGAGAUGAACUCUCUUCCUUUCCAUAUGGCUUGCUUUAUUUUUUGUGAGUGAGUCUGUUGCUUCACUGCACUGGCCUUUUCCAAGAAAGCACAUUCGAUCUUUGCUGAACAUUGUAUUUUAGGGAGAUUUCUCUUGUGGUGGAAUCAACCCACAAAUCACAAAAGUACUCCCAGAUGUUUUCACCUAAACACUGCCAGCAACACAAAUAUUUUUUUCCCUUACAUAUACUUAAUAUGUUAAAGACAUGCCCAGUAUGACAAUAAUUUGUUAUAUUUGAACAUGCUCCAGAUUAUGCAAUGUUUAGUAAUUAAAUAUUUGUGCAAAAUUGGAACUUUUGUCAAAGUCAAAAUCCACGAUAGAUUGACAUUUCUUAAAGGUUAUAUUUAAGAAUGCUGAAUUCAAUACCCUGUGUUAAAAAUUGGGAAGUGGGAAAAGAGAGAAAUUAAAUAAUUGUGAAAUGGCAGGUUAAAUAAUAACCUUCCUGAACUUCAUACUGAUCUCUCUUUUGUGAUCAUAGGCCAGUAGAUUGUAAAGGUCAUUUAAGAAUUUUUAAAUGACCAUAUAAUAUUUGCCAACUGCUACUAUGUUUUAAUCCUAGAACAAAAUGAAGCCUUUGGUUUAUGUUGUUCAUGGCAUUCCAUUUAUUUAUCAGUUUAAUGCAGUAAACAACCUGAACACCGAAGAGUUAGGCUGAAAGUUGGACUAUGCUUUUAGGAUAGAUUUCUAUAUAUUGCACCCUGACUUACACUCAGUGGAGUUCUGUUGGCACUAGAGAAAGGGGGUUGGAUAGUUUCAGUUUGCACUACAGGGUUCUUCCCUCUGCUGUCACCUGUGCCUCUUGAAAACAUUCUCCAGAGGCUGAGGGGAACAGUGUGGGGUCUGGGGGACUGGGAAGGUGGGACUGGGGGCUGCAGGGAAAAUGAGGAAUCGGCAAAGAGCAUCCAUAAUUCCAUAAUUCUCUCAUUUUCGAGGCAAUGUAUGUGGGUCCACUGCAGAGAUCAGUCCCUGGAGGGGAUUAUACACAUUGUUCCUGUUUGAUCUCCUCUUGUACUACUUUGGGGGAAAGGCUUACUCUGUUAUUGUUCUGUAAAUGAGGUACUUCUUGUGCUUAGAUUAUUCCGGAAUUGCUGGAAUUUUCAAAUCCUUUUGACAAAUUAAAAGCAAAUUGUCCAUUUUGUGGUGACAGAAGUAUUGAUGAUUUUGUCUCUUCACUUACAGCUUUUGCGAGAACUGAAGCACCCUAAUGUGAUUGCAUUACAGAAAGUUUUCCUUUCCCAUAGUGACAGAAAAGUGUGGCUGCUAUUUGAUUAUGCUGAACAUGAUUUGUGGGUAAGUUCAGAAUUUAUUGGUGCUUUGACUGGCUGUGGUUGCAUAUCCAUAGUUGGGGAUAGUAAAAAUCUGUAAAAAUGAAUAAAUCCAAAACCCCAGAAAUCAGAAUAAGUUAUGAACUUGUGCAGAUUUUCAUAUGCUUAUUAUACAGAUACAGCCGCAUAAGACAAAUUGGAAAUGGAGACAUAGCUUGAGUGCCAAAAUGAUUUACUUAUUUUUAUAAAACAAUUGGCCUAAAAGAAGGAGCUUCUUCAGAUGACCUGUCUAUUUAGCAUCAUUCUGAUUUGCUUGCACAAAGCUUAUACGGUGGUCAGACUUCAUUCAUUUUUACUUUAUUGAAAUUUGUUCUGAUUUGUUUACGGGCUGGUUCUAUGACAUAGAGUAUUCAUUUUGUAUUCUUCCUGAUUUGCUUGUAGGGAUGGGGGUUAUAUGUUUUCCUGUGGAUCUUUAUUCAUACCACACUUAUCAAUGUGUUUCCCUGUCAGUUUACAAAUGUCCAAUUCUUUUAUGAUUUAAGUGGAUUUGUUGCACUAAAGAUCCAGUAUGCAUUUGAAUUGCUCCUGUAAAAUAAUUACAGUCUGGUGACAUCCUUGUUUUUAGAGGCGUGACUACUUUUUAUUCAUGAAGACUAGAAAUCUCCCACCCCAGCUUUCCCUUUUUUGAUGUGUAAUAUUACUGGUUUUCUCACCGUGUUUUAAUUCACAUUGCCCUAUUCUACGCUUUAUAGUUUUAGGAGUAUGCAAAUAUUGAUACCUAUGCCUGCAAUGCUGCAAUCCAGAUAACUGUUUGAGAUCAGGGCUUAUGCCCUGAAUGUGCUUGCCUGACCUAACAAGCCCUCUUCCCCCACCCCCCACAAAUGCAAGCAAACCCCACUGCAGCCAACCACAGACAGCCAACCACACCCUGCCCCCCCAGUACCUCUCACUGCCAAGGAAAUGUAAUAAACGAAUAGAAAGAGAACCUACUCAGCUGACGCUGACACAAAAGCCCGCAGUACACUAUACAAAAGAAUAUAAGCUUCACCACCCCACCCUCCUCACCCCCCUCUUCUUCCCCAACCUUAUACUGUACUCAACACCAAGGUCUCACAACAAAUGUAACUGAUUUGUAAGAAAGACUGUACUACCUGAAAAAAGAGACACGGCAUGUAGUUUUGUAAACCAAGAAAAUCUUUAAUAAAAAUAUAAAUAAAUAAAUUAGGAGUCUGUUCACAUAUUGCUUACAAGUUGGUGUGCGAACGUAUAUGUUUGUGCAUCAUGUACAAUAUGAAAAUCAAACAUAUUCGUUAGCAGUUUGUUUGUAAUAACCUCCUGUGGAAAUAGUCUAAUUACCACUGCUUUUUCCCUAAUCAGUUUAAACUAUACUGAACUUGGAUUACAUUAACAUGAAAUUUAGGCUUGCCUGGGACAAAUUUCUGUAAAACUUACAGUAGCAAGGAAACCACACUUUGAAAAGCCAUUACAAAAUAUAUGAGUAAUAGCUUACUGUCAAGGAAAAGAAACCACACACACACACACACACACACACACACACAAUGUUCAAAGUAAAAAGAAACUUGGAUCAAAAUGAUAUAAAGUCAUGAGGUUUCAUGUUACUGCAUGCUGCUUAUAGUUUAAUUGGGUAGACUUGUUCUUACAGAUUUACUAGCUUGCACCCACUCAUUUUCGAAGUUUUCCCCCAUUGAAGUUAAUUGCACAAAGGACGAGUGUACAAUUAAUAUCCCCAAAGUAUCACAGUCUUAUUAUGAAUAACCUCAUUUUAUAUGCAUGAACUUUAACUCUGUACAUCAGUUGAAUUCAUUUGUUUUAAAAGCAACCACAAAACAAUAUUUUGCUGCUAAAAUGAGCAGUGUGCUUAAGAAUUCAUUUUGCAGAUCUUGCUGCUUGCAUUGUGUGAAAGUUGCCACAUGAAUAAUAGGUCUGUCGGGUCACCACUACUUGUUAGCUAUCUGUUAUGCAGUCAUAAUGCAAAGUGUACAUAUUUCACUGUGCACUGUCACUUUCUGUGCAAUGCACCAAUUUAUUAUUACUAACAAUUUUCAGAUAUACGCUUCCACUUUUUAAAUAUGUUUGUACAUUGAACCAUUGAAAAAGGUACUUUAUAUUUUUCUAACUAAAUCAUGCAGCUCGUUAAAGAAGUAAAAGUAUUUAUGCGCAAUUGCCACAGGCUAAUGACUACUUCACAUAUACCUGCAGUGGUAAUGGGUAAGGGAGGUACCAUGCUGCUUUGAGAAUCUGCAUAUGAUCAAGCCAUAUAGAUGGGACCAAUGCUGUCGUUUCUUACCACUAAAACACUGGCUUCCCUCUCUGCCAGUAAGAUUUGUGUGGGUAGUAACCGCAUUGCUGGCCCUGCCUUCUUGGAAUAGUGUUGGAUGUCCUCCAGUAAAGUGACUCUCAUGAAUAAAUAUGAAUUAACUCAGAAUCUUACUUUGUGUCCCUUUCUGGUCAUUGCUUCAACCCUCUACCUUUGCAAGCAGAGCCUUGUUUUGGGGUGUUUUUGGAUCCCAAAAUCUGAAUAUUCUAUGAUCCUUGAAAUUAGCUAUUUCAUUAUUCCUGUUGGCUCUCUUGGUUUUUUAAUAUUUUGUAUAAAACAUCAGAAGAUGUAACUGGGGCAAUUGUACUAUUUCAUCAUUUAGGAAGCAUGCAAUUCUGGGAGGAGGAAUUUCAGAGGUGUGGAGAAACUAAUUAUUUUGGGCCAGUGAGAAACUUAAAAAGUGAAAUGAAAUGUGAAAAGAUUGUUGCUAAGGGCACAGCUCUAGGAGGAUCCAUGCCUUCUUUGUUUAUUGAGCUCCAUAAUGUACAUCUUUGAAUAAUGUUUGCUUUCUCUGGGGAGUGUCUGAAAUUUGCUGACGGCCAAAACUUUAUCCCUCCUGUUUUGAAUAACUCCCCCUCUGUCACUUAUUCUAAGCAUCACUCCCCCUCCCCCUGCCCCCGUUGUCUUUUUGCUCACUCCCAACUUUGUCUCUUUCCAUGCUGCCUCUUACACUUGGAACAGCUUCCCAAUCAACGUAUGUAAAGCUCCUUCACUCUAUUCCUUCAAAACCAACUUUAAAACCCACAUGUUUAAGGACACAUUUUCUUAUCAGAUCACUUACAUUCUUGGUGUCAUACUUGUUUGCAUGCUCUGUGCUAUAAAUAAAGAGUAAUAUUUAAAAUUUUCAGGAUAGAAAAGAUGGUAGUCUGGGCCAUUGAUUAUACUAGUAGCAUUUUAUAUUUUAGAUUGAGAGCCACCGUGGUGUAGCGACUUGAGCAGUGGAAUAGUAGCAGGUAGAUCAAGGUUUGAAUCUUUAAUCAGCCAUCAAACUCCCUGGUUUAUUUUGGACCAGUCACUAUUUCGUAACCUAGCCUACCUUCCCAGGGUUGUUUGUGAAGAUAAAAUGGGAGGGAGGCAAACCAUGUGUGUCAUUCUGAGUUCCUUGGAAGAAAGGUGAAAUACAAGUACAUUAAAUGAAUAUUGCCCUGGUUCAUGCACAGUGCUAAGCCAUAGUUUGCCUAACAUGGGUUGUUUCUCCAGUACAUAACUUGAUUUCCAAUUGCUGUUGUCUUAUGCCUUUGUUUCUUGGUGAUCAUCUGCAGUGGGAUGCCUGUGCAAACCAUGGAUGCUAGAUUUACACGUCAACACCAAGCUAUACUUAAAUUCAAGUUUCAUAUGGAACACUAAGUCAUUGCAAUAAACAGUAAUUUAAUAAGCCAUGACUUAUGAGGAAACCAAGUCAUAUGAAGAAGGUUCUAAUUUAGCACAGAGAUGAGAUCUAGUUGGGGUCACAAGCUUUAUUGGGGAAUAAAUAAGGAAAAUAUAGAAGCAUUCAUAACGUUAAAGAAGUAAAACAACUAUAGAUGCUUUGAAGCCUUCUUGGAAUGGCCUGGUCAAGUAUCACAUUAAAUGAUAGCUAAAAAUAAAGUUUGGCUUAACAUGAACAAGCAGUGUGCUGGAGUGCGCUCCUCAAAAGUCCUUGCUCCUGCUGGAGAGAACACAAACCAGAGGCUAGCUUCACAUUACAUGUGAACUAGCACUUGCCACUUUUUCUCUCCAGAUAAAGAACAAGCAGUGAACCAAGAACAGAUGUUGGUUUGGUUUACUGCCCAUGGUUUGUUCAGAGAUAAACAAGCCAUGAAUACUGGUUCACACAUAGCGCAAAGCCAGCCUCUGAUUUGUUUCCUCUCUAGCAUGGCAACAGUAGAAGCAGGGGAGAUAGUGAAGUAGGGACCUUUAUUCAACAUGCAGCAGCAGAUUGUUCAUACAUGUUUACACCAUAGUUUGUUUUUCACUGUGGUUAAAUGUGAUGUCCAAACCAGGUCUAUAAGUUGGUGGAAAAACCUCCAUCUGUUUUCUAAUUCAUAGAUUGCUGGUUCCAACAGUAUCUGGGGAAAAGCCAUUUCUAUUUCUAUUUUUUUAAAAAUGUAUUUAAUGAAACAUAGUAAAAUAAGUAUAAAUGUUAAUAGAAUCAGUGAUAUAUCUGAUUUGGUUAAUCUACCUUUUUAAAUACAGUUCUAGAUAAGUUAGUUGCAUAAAUCUGUAUUAAAACUCUGUGCACCAUUUCUGUACUGAACAGGGUGGUCUCUAGAGGUUGAAGAUGCUGAAAAAGUUGCUAUUUUUAUGUACCAGACAGAGAAUCAAGAAAGCUAGUCGGAAUCCCAUGGUUUUGUUUCUUUAAAAAACAAAAGUCUGUCCAGGGCUUUUCCUUUCCUGGGUCAGGCAAUUAGAUUUCAUCACAGCUGGAACAUUUGCAAUAGCAGUAGUGCUGCAGUCCAGGGUAUAAUUACUUUCCUGAGCAUGUGAAUACUUUAUUCUGCCACAGUUUGAUUUGUGACCUUUAAAAAGAGCUCUGAUGUUUGAAUUUGGACAUAGUCUGCUGUAUGACCUUCCUUUCCACACACAGUGCAAAUGUUGUUGUAUAAGCUUAUCUGAGCCUCUCUAGCUUUGUUUGCAAGGUGAUCCUAGAGGCACUUAGGUAAAGGUAAAGGGACCCCUGACCACUAGGUCCAGUCGUGGCCAACUCUGGGGUUGCAGCGCUCAUCUCGCUUUAUUGGCCGAGGGAGCCAGCAUACAGCUUCCUAGCAUUCCUUAAAUCAGAUCUAAUAAGCUAGGAAUAUAUUACUUCCACAUUUCUCUUUUCACCAAAGUUUGAAAACUUAACUGCCAUAUUAUCAAUAUGAGCCUCUGUUGUGUUAGUUUUUUGGUGAUAGCUUCUGUCUUGUACACGCCUCUGUUAUUUCUCCUUGUCAAAACUGGUUUGUUUGUUUUUUUAAAGCACCCCCAGUGUUUCUCCACCCUUGCUUUACUCAAAUCUCUACUGCUGAUUUAAAUGGCCACUAUUAAUCUCUGCCUUCUCACUGUACUUUAUUAAUAUCUUCUUCCUCAGCUGCUUCGUGCGAGAAAGAUAAAGCAGGUUUUCUCCCUGAGAUUGUUCGUGCUCAACAUUUUAAAAAAGAACCCCAAUCUCAGUUCAGUUUAGAACUUGUAAAUUCAUAGGCACAAUAAUUCAGUGAUAAAUAAUAUGACCAUACUUGGGUACCACUGAGCUAGGACAUAAACAAGCAGAAGGUAACACUUUUUGUUGUGUUACUGUCACUAGAAUAAUAAGCAAAAAGGCAGGUCCUUGUUCUUGAGGAUUUUACAAUAAAAAAUCCAAUCUAGAGAAAGGUGAUGAAUGGAGAGGAGAAAGAUUGUGAAUGUUUGGGCUUAGUUUCAGUAGGGGAUGAGUGUUGGGAUACUGCCAGGGAGACAAAGUCCAUCAUGGCCCCCAAGCCGUCUCCGGACGAUCCAUCGAUCUCCCGUAGUCACGCAGUAUCAGCAAUUAGUGACAUGAGCUCCAGAAAUAGCCCAACAUCUAGAGCCGAUGCACACUCUCUAUCAGCAGAUAAUGCACAGCCAAAGUCGCACUUAGGAGAGCAUUAUUUACAAGUUUUAUUCAGCGUUGAUCAGAACAAAGAAAAACAUGACUGCCUGCUUCAGUGUCUACGACACAGAGAGAGAAAACAAAAGCAACAGAAAACAUAAACAUCCUGUGAACAGGAAAUGCGCAGACUCUGUGACUCACAAAGCCUGCUCCCUUUUAAGGUGGAACGGAAAUAUCCUAACAAUGAGGACUAUGGGUUAUGCUGAAGUAUCGCAGAAGGACUGAAUUUAAGGUAUAAUUUGAAGGAAGAGAGAGGAUGUGUCACAUAGGUUUUAUAGGAAGGAGUUCUGCGAGAAUGGGCAGAUUUAGAAAAAUAAAAUAAAAUCCAAAGAUGAUACAUUUCCAUAGAUCAACAGUUUUGACUAGACUUGGAAACCAAGACAAAAAUUAUGGUUGCUAAAUCUCUAGCCUUACUUUGCUAUUUUGGCUUCUAUGCAGCUGAGGAGGCCCUGCACCUUAUUUUCCUACCGGAGAGCACAUCUUUUUUUCUUGUUGCUUAGCUAAAAUGCUCCAUGCGCCUUAAUCAGACUCAGGAAGCAUCUUGCUUUACUUUCCUGCUCUGGGACAGAAUGUGGUGGCUUUUCAUUUUGGCCCUGCAUGGUGAACAUACUCUAGGUAGCUUGGCCUGUGCAGCCACCCAUCCUUGGUUCUGGGGAGGGGAUUGACUUCUGGAAUGAACACUGCCACCACUAGUGCUCCAAGGUUGGAAGGUUGAAACUCAUUGCGGUUGCCAGAGGGCAGUGACACACAUGCCAAGACAAAAAUAUGGAAGACUGCACAAUUCAUUUGUCAAUAUGCUACUAGUUAAGAGUCAUCAAUUCCAGUACACUUUGUUUUAGGAAAUAAAAUAUUAUUGUAUUCUACUUAUGAUCUGAAGAACAAUUUAAGUAAAAACACAUGGCAGUGCCUUAUUGUCCCAAGAUUCAUCUAAUGUCCACUACGACCAGGGCAUUAAGUGUGACAGCACUUGCCCUUUGGAAUAUGCCCCCAAUGAACAUCAUACAGGCAGCUAAGGUCUUGGCAUUUAGGAGCCUGCUUAAAACUCAUCUCUUCCCUCAGGGUUUUCGUAUUAAGCUGAUCUACUGAUUUAUGAUGUCUUUUGUACUUGUUUUACUAAUGUACCAGUAAUUUUAUUGUUGCUUUUAUGCUGUUCAUUGCCAUAUUUUUUUCCUUAAUGCUGGAGGUAUGGAUUUUUUUAUGCAAACAAUUAAAUAAAAAUUGAGAAAUAGGGCUGAGCAUUUAGUUUCUGGAGUGAUUUCUAAGCAUUGCAACUUCUGUAUAUGUUUCUUCGUUAGCUGUUUUUCUACAUUUAAGCUGAUUUCAUGCCAACGAAGUGGAGAAAAACCUAAUUAGGAAUAUUUGCAAUUACAAAUAGUGUAAUCUGUAAUCUCUGGGUGCUUUAAGUUUUUUGGUCCAGUGAACAGGUUAUGUAAGUCCUCAGGCUUUAGUUUAUAUUUUAAAUAGGGCUGGUGGAGAAAUCUUUCUUUAACUCACCACAGAAAGCACUAACUUAAUUGUACUUCUUGAAGACAUCCAUUACAUAACGAUCAUAAUCAACAGUACAGCUUCAAUUAAGUUUAAGGUAAUAGUAUAGAAUCGCAAUAUAAGCAUUCCUUCCCCAGACUCUUUUUCUCUAUAGACUCUUCACUAUGGAGAGCUUGUGCCUUUCUAGAUGCUGAGUGUCUAAGAAGUCAGCCCUUCUUCCCUGGAAACUCCUGUGGGGAGACCUGGUUCUGGUUGUAAUGCCAACCAAAUUGGAAAACAGCCUUGAAUUGGCAUUUUCCUCUCUGUUCCUCGUGUUCUUUCUGGCAUGAAUUCCCUCCUCCUUCUCUUGUCAGCUUUAGUAUGAUUUUUCAUUUUAUCUCUCAUCAACAGUAACCAACUAACCCUCUAAAUUGGAAUUUGAAAUGUCGGGAAGCCCUGGUUGAGAGAGAAAGGAUGGUUAGCAGCAGUGCAGAUGAAAGGCUGACCAGGGAGGAAGGUGUGGAGUUGUGUUGGAGAUAGGAGAAGGAAGGUGGGGACCAUGUGUAGCAUUCCCAGGAUUUGCACCUUAUUUGAAAACUUCCAUAUGGGAGAGCAGCUGCUGACACAUGUGCAUUAGACCUCAGUGAUCAGGGAAGGGCACUUCACAUAUGAACAGACUCACUGCACUGCGACAGAGAUAUUGCACUGGAAGCAGGUCUUUAACAACCCAUGGCACAAACUUAGUCCCUUUCUUCUCUUUGGUGUGUGUGCCUGUGCUACUAACAAAGUGAAAUCCCCCCCAUGGCCAGAUCGCCAGCAACUUCUUACUUCAGUUUCCUGUGCACUCUAGAGCAGUGGCUUCUAAACUUCUACCCACCUCAGACCACUUGAAAAUUGCUGAGGGCCUUAGCAAACCACUUAAUGUGUGUGGGGUGUGUGUGUGUUUUGCCUGUUGUUUAGCAGUUGUAAUACACUAUGCUAGAUGCUAAAACCUUUUUAAUGGAAUUCAAAAUUUAAUGCAACUUCCCCCAAAAAUAAAAAAUAGAAGAAGCAAUAAAAAUACAAUUAAAAAUCAGUAUGAAUAUUUUAAUGUGAUGGAUGUACUUCUUAUGUCUAACAAAGUUCUUUGAUGCUUGGUGUAAUAUUUGUUGAGUCUUAGGUCAACAGAUUCAGCAUUCAUCCAGCAUCCUGUCCUUUUAUAUAAACUGACAACUCCUACUCUGAGUCACUCCCUGUCUUUUGCAUGUGCUCCCUCUUAGCUUCUUCCCCUCUUUCUUGCUUUCCCUUUGUUCCCAUGUAUGGACUCUCCACUCCUUUCAAGUGCCUUAUCAGCCUCUUUCCUCUCUUGGGACCUCCCCACCCUGGCUUGCUUUAUUCCCCUGAGGGAGGCAGAGUCUCCUGCCUCUUCCUCCUCAAGUCACUUCUGGUCGGUCCUACUUACUUUCUGGUCUGACUGCUGGGUUUUAAGAAUGAUGGAGCAGCCACUGCACCCACCAGUCCUCUCACACACGUAGCCCACUGUUCUUCACAGGCAUAUAACAUGCAUUUGAGGAUUCAAUUCUUAAUGUUUGCAUGGUAGCAGUGCUGCUGUUGUGACCAACCCUAGAUCAGAUCGCAACCUGGUAGUAGAUCCCACCAAUUGAGACUUACUUCUUUCAUGAUUGACCCCAGCCUUUCCCCAUGACCAUACUCCUUAUCCCUGUUUUCCCAUUAAUCUCAACUUUCCUUCUCUAAUUACUGAUAAAAAAUUUAAGAAAAGAACUCCUGGGCUGUAUCUUCUUACCCCAAACAUGUAAUGUAAACAAAGCAAAAUACAUUGGGGUGGGGUUUGCAUACCAUAAUUUGUUUUCCACUGACUCCAAACAUUUAUUUGGCACAGAUCUCCCAGAGUCUAUGACUCUUAAGAACACAGUGCUAAAUUUAAUAAAAUUGCUUUAAAACAACGGGAAAUUACAUAGAAAUUGGGAAAGCGUGAGAAGCAAAUCUGAAAAUAAAAUUCAUUCCAAUCCUAGUAAUCUCAUAUCCAAGGAGAUUAAAAUAUCAUAUCACAUUGUUUCAUUUUCUGAAGUGUCAGAUGUAAAAGCAUGUAAGAUGGGACAUACUUGCACACUUGAUUUUGGAACUAGAGAAGCUUCAAAUUUAUAUUUCUUGAAUUAUAUUUUACUGAGUUUCAAAAAGUCACAAUAACAACACUAAGCAAGUAGAAUCCCUCCUCAGGAGAAUAGAUGCUGAAAAUAUACCAGAUGGCAUAUAGAUGUAAAAAGGUGCCACUCAGGUAAGUUAUAUUACAGCUCGUUGCAACUCACCAGACUGAGAGUUCCCUUAGCCAGCAUGCUUCAGUUUCAGAAAGCCACCUGGAACAUGCAAGGCUUUUAUUUUUUAAAAUUCACUGUAAGAAUUUUAUUUCAUCAACAUUCAUGUCUGUAAUCUUUUUUUUUAUUCCUAGCAUAUUAUCAAGUUCCAUCGUGCCUCAAAAGCAAACAAGAAACCCAUGCAGUUGCCAAGAUCUAUGGUGAAAUCACUACUUUAUCAGAUUCUUGAUGGAAUUCAUUAUCUUCACGCAAAUUGGGUGCUUCACAGAGACUUAGUAAGUGCUGUGAUUUUUAACUGUUUAGAAAUAAUUUGGAUUACAUUUUUGUUUUUGGGAAGUGAAUAAACUGGGUGGGGGUGGGGAAUCUCACAAACUGCUUCACUUCUUGAUGUUCUUAAAUACUCCUAGGGGUUUCAUGGCAAAAGUAAACUUGUAUCAUCACUGGCUUUUAACAGCAACAUCUGCUGCAAGUCUCUGGUGCUGCAUCCAGUUAGCAAAUAGCUUUAUAAGCAAACAAUACAUCAGCCAAGGAACACUUUACACUGAAAAAGCAGGUAGCCGUUUAAACUGCUCUGGGUUACUUUGGCUGUCUACCAUUCUAAAACUCAACAAGCUGUAGGAAGAUCCUUAGGAGACUAUGGCCACAUUUGUGCAAUCGUAUCUUGUCAUAAUAAGCCAAUGUAUGAAAGCGCCUCCUGGACAUGCAUAGAGCCAUUUUUGUACUCCCUUCACGUGAGCAGGAAAACAACCAUGAAGCUGCAAUGAGCUCUAGCUUCUCAUUAUAUUCAGAUCAGGUAACUGUAGUUAAUGGCUUCCAAACAAACCAAAAUAUUAAUUCAUGUUUUUAAUAUCCUGCUUUGUUUGGAAGCCAUUGACCUCUGCUUUUUCAAUGCAAUAGAAAGCUAGAGUUAAUUGUCACUUCUUAGCUUGUUUCCCUGCUUGCACAACAGGGAUAAAGCAGAUGUGUGCAGAUGCACGCAGAUGCAGGAGGCUUGUUAAGCUGAGAUACUGAUCGUCCAGAAACAGUUGUUGUUUCAUGAGAACAAACCACUGGCGGGGGGCCACUAGGGGGCGCAUUGGAAGAUGGCCAACAAUAUCAUCUUUCCGACCCACACGGGGUAAUUAAGAGGCUGUUAUGGGAGUAGGCAGCCUCCCUUGUUGCCCCAAGGAAAUGGGGAACACUGCCCUUGCCUGCUGUGCCCAUAAAUCACCCCCUAAUUCGAAAGAAGGGGGUGAGGGCCCUAGGUAGAAUGCCCCCGUGUGGACGUCGGCUCUCCUGGACGCUGUCUCUGAUCGCGCACUAGUUGCAGCAAUUUGGAAUAAUUAAUUACAAAAGAAGCAAAUGCACAUAUUUCAAGUGAAGAAGGGGAGUGAAGUCUGCUAAUUUAAGUGACCUCUGCGAAAGAAGAUGACAGGCUGGAGAAACAGGAAUAUUUUACGAUGAAGAUACACCAAACAUGUUGACAACGGGGCUGAAUUGGGGGGGGGGACCUUUUUUUACUUUCAUAGAAUCAUAGAAUCAUAGAGUUGGAAGAGACCACAAGGGCCAUUGAAUCCAACCCCCUGCCAAGCAGGGGGAAAGUAAAUCACUUUCCUUCUAUGUGAUUUACAAGAACCCCUCCUCAUUAGAACCGUUGGUUGAACUGACCCAAGCAGGAUGAUUAAGGUCUGUGUGGAGAUAAACAGGAUCCACAGGCACCUUCAGACAAGUGCCAUCAUGACAUGCAUUCCUUCUUCUUCUCCUGUUUAUUAUCUUCAUCAGACCAAAAAUAUGACCAAAAAUACAGCACAACAAAACCUUACAGUUUUAUUAAAUACAGGAUAAAUACAAAAAGUAUAACAUACUAACAGCAUCUCAAAUACACACACACACUUAGAGUAAGCCCCUGGGAAUAUUUUUUUCAACUUCAGGUGCUUAAAUGUCUUCUUAAUCUCACUGCCACCUAUAGAAAUUUUGUUACCUAGACCAGUGUUUCCCAAACUUGGGUCUCCAGCUGUUUUUGGACUGCAAUUCCCAUCAUCCCUGACCACUGGUCUUGCUAAAUAGGGAUGAUGGGAGUUGUAGUCCAAAAACAGCUGGAGACCCAAGUUUGGGAAACACUGACCUAGAUCAUCAGUCAGGCUGUAACUGAUGCUGGAUUGUGGACUGCCCCCUGGAUCGUUGACAAGGUAGCUGUUUACCUUGUCUGUUUGCUUUUUUAGACAGUGCUCAACUUUCACUUGUUCUUUGGCGGAAGCGUUUGAUGAAAGUAUUCAUGGACAUCCAUGAAGCUGAACAGUAGAGGGGACCCUGGAGCAUGUUAUACCAGUCCUGACUGACAGGAGAGUCUUUCACAGAGAGAAUAAAAUACCCCUGCUGAAAAUUUCAAAUAACAGACAACUGUGAAAUAUUGUGAGAACCAGUCAUAGUUCAGCUACUCAGUGGUGAUAUAGAUCUGCAAACAAAACAAAUAUAAGAUCCUGUUGUGCAUCUCACACAGGAAACAAAUGUUACCAGGAAGGCUGCCUUUCCUCAGGGGCCCAUGACAGUAAUUCUGCUUCCAUGGAGAAAGGAGCCAGUGUUCUAAGGCUGCUGAUCCCAGGAGUUGGAAACUGAUGAGUAUCAAACCUUAAGGACAUGAUGCUAAAUAUUUCCAGUGGGCUGGAUUAGAGAAUUGCCUAGCAGACCAUUGAAUGGCAUUCUGUUACUUGAAAAGAUCAUCCAAGAGUUGUUUGCAAAACAUACUUGCAUUUGUGUAUGUGCAUUUUAAAUAGCAGUUGCAACACCUUCCCACCCAGAUCUGGCAUCAACGGAGGCUUCCUUCUGAUGUGUGUGCAUGCAUGUGCAGUUUUCUUUGGGAUCGUGAAGAAGAAGGUGAAAGGUUAUCCCCCUUUUUUUACCUGCAUUGCAGACCCGGUCCAGAUUAGGGAUUCGGUGGUUUGCACAGAAAUCUGAGCAUGCUUUUAACAUAAUAUGUUCCUUGGUCCUCAGAGAGACGGUUACAGAAAAUGAGAAUCUUUGUGUAAGAAGGCACAAUAGGAAACCUUUAGAGACCUACCUUUCAUCUACAUGAUUUAAUGCUGAGCAUACAUUUUCUGGUAGUGGUUGAAUACUUGUAGUGUGCAGGAUCCAAUAAUUAGGGACAUAGGGACAUGAGUUGUGGUUAGCAUGUUGAAUGUAUGGUGACCUGCUUGCUUCCAUAGGUGAUGAACAUUACUUGCAGUCUAGAAAAGCUGACAGUGUGUGGGAAGAGAUUGUGGAGUGGAAUUAAACUCUUUGCUAUGGAGAUCAUUCAGUCAGCAUAAGCAUUUCUGCCUGCCCAACAGAACAAUCUCCCUCCCUCCCUCCCACCACAUACUGUUCUGGGAGUUUUCACUGACCCUCCAGAAUGGUUUUGGGAGAGGUGGGGAGGUAAAGCCCCAUUGUGCUAGUGGGAAUUCUUGUGCUGUUUUCCACUAAUGGAACUGGGUUGUUGAAUCCAGCCCAUAGUCAUGUUUUCCUGGAACCAUAUUUUUGGGGAAGGCACAUGUUUGAUGUAUAGAUGUCAGGACCGAGUUGUUGCUGGUGAUCCCAGAUGAGUGAGAUGGUGCCCAGGACUAAAAGUGAGAAUACUGAAAUCUGUAUGUAGCUCACCCAUGUGGUAUAAAUAAUAAAUUAGGGUUAUGAUAAAAAUAAUAACAAAUUAUUACCCCCACACCACACCCUCCCAGGGCCGUUGGUGUACACGGGAAGCCAAUACGCCCUGAAAUGUCCAAUUCCCCUUUUACCGGAUGGAAGAGCUCCGUGGGGAGGUGGGGCACCAAUAAAGGUCUUCGCAGUCACUGUGCUGCUUAUGGGCACCAGGUUGGCAACUCCCAACUUUGUCAGACUCUUCCUUCCAAAGCUAGCCAUUGGAUCUUCCUGGACAGGAAGGAGUAGAAGUCGUCUUUCUGUUCCAGUUGAGCCUUGCCUGAGCAAUAGAGUCUUGAUGAGCUUUGGUGCAUUCCUGUCUCCUUUUGUCCUCCUCUGGUCCUGAUUUAUAGCUUGCUCUUCAGCCUUGCCUCUUAGUUUGGUCCUGACUUGGCUUUAUCCCUUGACUCCAGUCCCCUGGUGCAGAAAAUGAAAAAUCUGAGGCAAGUGAAAAGGAAGUAAAGUUUGUUAUAAAACUGUCUAGCUCAAAACAACUUUUGUUAGAGUGCUGCAUAUUAACUUGCCAUCAGAAACAUUCAUUUAAAAUGUUUUAUGGGUGCAGCUCAGUGGGGCUCAUUUUUGGUUUGCUUCCUUGUGUUCAUUCCACCCCAGCAAAUACUGUGGGUUAUGUUUCUCCUUCGGUCCUGUGGCAAAAUAUUGUAUCCGUAAAGAAGACAAGGGAAACUAUGUUAAUCUCUUGGCUUUGUCCUUGGUACCAUGUUGAUAUUUAGUUUGCCGACAUUUUAUGGACAUUGUUUGUAUCAUCUAGAUAUAAUAAGUCCUUCAGGGAAUAUUUAUAAUAGGCAUUUUUAGAGUGCUGCUCUUAAAUAGUGCUGCUGAUUGUGUCUUAACAAUUUGCUAUUCAAAACAGCAUGCACAGAUGGUGAAAAAAUAUCACUCUUAUUUGUAUAAUAUAGUGGUACUAUUGUAAAAAGUCUGGAAUUCACAGAAUCCUUGAUUUAAAAUUAGCUUCUUUUUCAGUUACUUUCUUUUUUACAGAACAAUCGCUACAAGGUAUUUUUUUUUGGGGGGGGGAGGAAUCUGUUUUUUGUCCUUUACCACUUGUUCUUGAGGUAUUCCCAACUCAACCGCAAAAAAGACUAAAACAAAUUAACCUCUGUCUGUAAAUAGUCAUGUCACAUUCUUGCCCUUCUCCUUCCUGCCCACCCUUCAAACAUUCUAUUUCACUUGAAGAUUCAAACAUGUUUCAUUUAGCCUAAAGCCACUAAGUUCAGUCAGAUGGGCAGUUACAUGCAUGUACUUUAACCAUCACAUAUAUUUGAAAGUUGUUAUAAGUUAGAAAAUGCAUGCAUGCAUUCUCAGCAUAUCAAGAGUGUUGUGUAGGACAGAGUACUUCUCCGGGUUAUUUAUUACUUCUAUUAAAUACACUCAUCAGAAUACCUAAAAAGUAUCAGCAUGCAUUAUAAAUGUGGAAUUAUACAUUUCAAGCCUCUAAGGGCCAAACUUAGCGAGAUUCAUGAUUGGAUCUCUGGUUUCAUUACCAGAGCUCCCCACUUCCAUUAGAAUGGGACCACAGUAUGGGGGGGUGGGUUUACCCUUUUCCAUCACUAUAUUACCAAUGUAAAUCUGCCACAGGUGGGAAAACUUAGCACACUGUCUCAUCACCAUAUUCACUUCAUGAAACUGAUUGGCUCAUAUCAUUUUCCGAAGGAGAGAGAACCUUAAACGUCUCCGAAGACACAGAGGCAGCAGCAGACUGGAGUAGCAAUGACAGCUAAGCAGCACCAAAAAGUGAAUAUUAUCACCAGUUAGAGCUUUGCGGGAAUGAUUUGUGGAGUCGCAAAGCACUGUACUGACUCAAAUAAAUUAAAAGGGCUAGAUGGUUAGGGAAUUCCCCAACCAUUUAUCCCUUUUGUAUUUCCCCUUCUUGUUGGAUCACCUGCCUUCAAGAAAGAGCCGAAUUAAACAGAUGUUAGAGAUCAGUGAUCAGAUCUUCCAUUUUAAAAAAUAUCACUUAAAAUGCAGCUCUGUUCUGGAAUUCAGUGAUAUUCAUUGCAUGGUAGGCUGCCUACCCAUCAACAGAAAACAAUCACUCCAGUACAAUACAUUCCAUCACCUGAAAGUGAACCUAGACACCACGCCAAGCACAGUCUUCCUUUCCUAUCUGAGUGUCUUCUUAGCCUUUAGGUUCUGGUUUUUGGAUUGUUGGCACUCAGUGCAGAGUAACUUUGGAACCAUCUACUGCACAAGGCCUUGUUGUUAUCUGAGGUUAAUUUUCCAUCUAGAUCCAGAGCGGUCCAGCUGACAACCCAGAGAAUGGACAGUGCCAAUUAGCUUCCAUGGACAAUACAUGCCAAAGAUCAUGGCCACCAUUCUUUUCUCUCAUGCUUUUGAAUCAUAUGCAAGUUACUAUGCCAAAGUUAACAGUCAAAAUGUUUUCAGUAUAGAACACUACCCUAGCCACGUCACCCAUACCUGUUGCUACUCAGAUUAUGUAAAUACUGUUAUUUGUUCAAUGGUCUAGAGCAAACUGAGCCCAACUGAAAGUUCAGUUCUCAAAAGUUAAUAUGUGCUAGCAGACACUGACAGUAGGAAAGUGCAAAACAUUAAUUCUGCCGCUUUAGCACAGAUCAUGUUUGAUAGCAGUAAUUCUUUAUUUCAGUAGCUCUGAUUCCUUUUCAGUACUCAAUCCCUUUUAACCCGUUUAUAAAAGAAUUUAAUAUUCCACUUAGAGUAUGCAGAAGAGCUGUCCCCAAAUCUGCUGCUAUCAUUAUAAAAUAUUAAUUGGGAUGGGACAUCCAUUUUUGAAAGUUCAGGUAUCUGAAUCUUUGUGUGGGCAAUACCAUCUCUGUUGAUCAUAUCAGGUUAUACUGUACUUCUUUUAAAAACUAAACUGUGAAACAAUUUCCCUAUAUUUUAGUCUAUACGUAACUGCAACUUUGCUUUUGUUCCAGUAGUGUUACCUCAAUGGUGUGAUUUGUAUGAAGUUUCAACUAGGGUCAUGUAACAUUGACCACUGGUUUCAAUUUUAGUAAAAUACACAGACACAUCACUACAUUAUUCACAAGGCGAGCAUGGCAGGAUAAACAUCUUGAAAUCCAGUGUAUCAUGUUUACUCAUUCCUUUUUAUUAUAUUUUAAUAAUUAAAAAGUGACAUUUUUAAAUUGCUAGGCUCUCCCACAAACAGUAAUAGAAGAAGCACAAUGUCCUAUUACUUUGCUUAUUAAAAUUAGCCAUUAAACACCACAUGGCAUUUGGGAGUGAAGGUUCUACAGAUACAUAAUUUGCUGUUUAAAUUCAGUUUGUGCACCUGACUUCAAAAAGUGACUUCCAUUCUGUAAUAAACAAAAAUCUGCCCUUAUUCCCUUAUGGGGGACACAAGAUCCCUUAUAGAGCCCUUUGUAGGUUCUCCAUCGUUCGGAGAAAAUAACAGAGGCCAACCAGAGAAUAUUGAGAAGCAAAGCAGCUCGUAAGCCUGAUCUUUAUUGAACUGUGGCAACAGGGUGCUCCCCUCACACGCAGGAAAGGAGGAGGACCCAGAACAAAGGUGUGCCCGCCCUUAUAUAGACAUUUUAAAUUGCCCGCCCUGGAGUCCAAGACCACCUCCAGAAACAUCAUACAUACAUCACAGAAGGGGUGUAGCUCAAGACCACCCCCCAGAUGCAUCAUACCUACAUCGCAGAAAGGGGUGUAGCUUAAGACCACCCCCCAGAUACAUCAUACCUGCAUACAACAGAAAUCUGAGUGUGUUGUUUAUCUCCUGUCUGGCAGGUUACCUGUUAAUGGUUGCUUGACUGGAUACCCGGGGGAGCCUGGCCAGUCUUUUGUAAUGAUAAAUACUUAGUUCCCGAGCCAGGUCACAGACUCACCCUAUUCAUACACAGACAUACCCUUAAGACAGAAUUUGUGAAUGAAAAGACAAUGAGGAGGCUUUUCCAUUUUCCUUCAACCUUGCAGAGAAAUAUUUGAGGUCAAUUUGGGAGGGACAAAAUGGUUUCAGGACUUUUUCUGUGGGGUUUCAGACAUAUGGUUUAUAUAUGCAGUUACGAACAUUUAUCUUUUAUAUAUCUAAGACCUUAAUUUUUUUAUUUCAAUAGUCAAUGAGAGACACUGGGCAAACUACUAGCUAGAUGAGAGGUGGCCAUGGGCAACUCGUGGCCGCCUACAGUUCACAUUGCAGUCCUUGGCUACCUCACCAAGUCCCCUAGCAGCAGUCAUACUAAGAGCUUUACAAAGGUGCCAGGGCUGGGGAAAUUGUGGCUUUCCAGUUGUUACUCGAUAGCAACUCACACCAUCUCUGAGGGUUGGUCAUGUUGGUUGAGGCAGAUUGGACUUGGAGUUCAACAACAUCUGGAGAGCUAGAGGCUCAUCCCUGCUCUAGACAAUGCACUCUAUAGUUGGGCAGUAGGAAAUUCUUGAGCAUAGUAAAGAUACUGGAACUUGUACAAAAUAGUGAUGCUGCCAUCUUGGAAAAAGGCAAUGCCAUUUUAGGUAUGCUUCAUAUAUGCACACUUUGGGGUGGUAAGGUGAGGUGAGUUCACAUUAUUUGAGAGGCUUUUUAAAGUUUAAUUGUUAUUACACUCUCCUGACGUAAAGGGACAGCUAUAGUUGCCCAUUACCCACAGCUACACAAUACUUGCAGCAGGGAACAUUUGAACUUUCAAUGUGUAAAAUAUCCUAUUUUCACCCUACCCCUGGUAAUCAGGAUGUUUUGGAUAAUGGGUGUGCCAAAUUUCACUUUUUCUUGUGGAAGCAUGCUAACAAUUUUGAUCCUCUCUUGAAUUAAUGGCUUAGUAAGCCAAGUGCUCAUGAAUCAUUUCCUACGGAUUGUUUUGAUAUAGUGGCACGCUCCAAUAGUUAACUGCUUUUGUUUGCAUGUGAAUGAUUUAAAAAAACAAAAACAAAAACCAGCAGUACCCAGAGGAUAACAUUUUUCUCAUGGGAAGGUCGUAUCUCUAAAGAAUUAUAUCCUAGAUAAGCUCAGGAACAGUAAAGGCUACUAAAUGCUAGCAUUCUGUUGGCCAUUGUUUCCCUUAUCAUUUAAUCAGUUGUGUUCCUCUUAUUCAAAGCUGCAGACAGUUUUACUUAUGUUUGGUUUUUGCUGGCUCCUUUCUGGCCUUCAUACUAAAGAACUGAUUGCCCCUGCAUGCAUUAAAGCAGCUCCAAUGUUCUUACAGUUUGAUUUCUGUUUGAUGUUGAAUUAUUUUUAUUCUUCAAGAACAUGAUAGUUUGUCUGAGCACUUUUGGCUCUUGCUCUUUGUGUUGCCUCUCAGAGAUGUAUUCGUUGCAUUACACCCACUAGCCGGAGGAAAGAAAACAUGAUCAUUUACUUAUUUACUGCUCAAAGGAAUUUGCCUUAAAUUAUAACAUCUAUGCUACUUCUGCAGCAGAUGGUUCCAGUUUAUUAUUGUUGACCUUGUACAUUCUACAUUUACACCUUUACUACACAGUCAGACCCCAUAGUUCACACUCAGCAGGGAUCUGUUUGUUCAGUUUUUAUUGCUGAUAAUUUAAACAUGAGAUUCCAAAUCUAACCUUUUGUUUCUAUAGCAACUAAACAUGGGCUGAUCAGUACUAUCAUUUUCUUUAACAGCUGGCAUCUUCUGUUCACUGUAAACUGAGUUUUAAAAGUAUAAGGUUUUUAAACUAGGUGUUAACUGGCCCAGAGGUGUUGACGUAAUUAGGAAGCACAUAUACUAUUAUAAGAGAUCUGAUAGGUAAUUUUGAACCAUGAAUUCUCAUGUUUUCAUUGGAAUGAAUGCCAUUGUCCAAAGCGGAGGCAUGCCCUUGAGAUGUCCUUGGAUUUGCUGAACACAUGCGUCUUUUCUGAAGUUAGUGUUGGAGAUCUUAAUGCUGUCUUUGGCUUAUAAUGUUUGCUGCAUUUUCUUAUGGAUAACAACAACUACAUACUUUCUUACUUCAGUCAUAUAUAUGCCUACAUAAGCUUUUAGUCUUCUUAUACAUGCAUAUAUUUAGACCAGGCAAAUGCCUGGACACGUGAAGAAUGAAUUCGUGUACAGGAACAUGCAUGCAAGCCCCACUCCCAGCAUCUGAUGUGAGUCAUUCCGCCCACUCAGUCCCUGACUGUGCAUGUUGUUCUACUCAUGUUCAAGCAAAUACAAGUAAAAAUACCCUGCAGACUUUCCUUGUACACCCCUGCUCCUCACCCACAGUUUUAGUCUACAUGUAUACAGGUGGAUGCGCAAACACACUCUUUUAUUUGUUAAUAUGAUUCUUCUGUACUAAUUCCUUAAAAUAUUCAACACCAUAAAAUGGUCUAAUGUAUUUACUUCAACUUCACAUGUAAGUAAAGUUUCUUGAAUUCUUCUGGAGGGGAAAAAACAGUAAGGAACAAAUCGAUCAAUCUCCAAAGGUGUUUUCAUCAAAGCAAUUAUGGUUCUCUGUUUCUAAGUAGAUUCAAAUGAGAUUCAAAAUUGCCCCAGACUUUCCAUCUAGUGCUGGAGGACCUGUUUUCAAACUCUACUAACAAUAUAAAGUUUAUGUAUAGUGCUUCUCAAAUGAUGUUCUGUAAACAUCUGUCCAGUAUUCAUAGCGAAAUGGUAUUAUGCUGGUUGGUUUAUUGGAAGGAAGGAAGGAAAAAGUAGAAGGUGCAUUAGGAGGAUCUGCCAAACUUAGUGGAAUAACAAGAGAAGGAGGGAAGAGCUUAAAUUGUCACUUGUAUAAUUUGGUAAAAUAGGAUAAGGAAAAGCUGGGAGAUAAGAGAGGGGCAUAAGGUGGUUUUCACUGAUGGUUGUACUCAGAAACAGACCUGCAAGCUUCAUAGCUGUUUCACAGAUAUAGCUUAUGCUGUUGUGCUCAAUUCAUUUUCUUCCUAUGUCAUCUUAGAUUGCUAUUGAACCAAAACCUACCUCAUAGUGUGCAUUGACAGAUUUCACAAUUAUAUUUUAUGCAGUUUUAUUUCAUUGUGUUCAGGAUAUUUGCUUGACACCUACAAAAUUAAUGGGAGUUGCAAUUAUCUCUAAUCUAAACAGCAGAUUUAACUGUUGAUGUUCUGUCCUAUUAGUUCCAAAUAGCAAAUAUGGUGCAAAAGUUGGAACUGCUUAAGUUGGUACCUUUUGCUUCCCCGCCUUCCUGGUUUACAGCCAUGGGCAACUACAGCAGGCAAAGACAGGCCGUUGCAGCAACAGGCCAGUAUUGUGAUUGUUUGAAACUCUGUUUUGCAUAAUGUAAAACAGAGUAAUUUAAAAUAGUUUAUGAACUAUUUGCUUGCAUACAAUUUAAAAUGAUAUUUCAAAGAGGGAAAAUGAUCAUGAUCUGAGUACUUUAAACUUCUAAAGUACACAGAAGACUUAAUUUCAUGUGGAUUUACCAGCUAGUCAGCAGAAUAUUUUACCUUUUUUCCCAGAAACCAGCAAAUAUUCUGGUAAUGGGAGAAGGUCCUGAAAGAGGAAGAGUUAAAAUUGGUAAGUAUUCAUUACAUUUCUAAUGCAAAUUGUUGCAACUGCUUUUAUUAAGGUUGUAAUUUAAUGACUGCUGAAGGGCCAAAGAUUAUCAUGGCUAUGAAUCCUGGAAGACCUGCUCCAUGACUUGGAGAUCUUUUUCCACCUGGCCCUGACUGACUCCAGCUACAAAAGCUGAGGCUGCUGAAGGGGCCAGAGACCGUCUUGACUGCCACUUAGUGCAGACUCACGUCAUCAAACCUGAGCUUCCACAGCCGCUAUCCGCCAUGAACCACCAUUGGUGGGAUUGGCAGCAACAGCAGCAGCAAUGUUUAUACUCAUGAUAAUAUUUUAUUUUAUUGCUAAUUAUGCUGUUUUAAAUGUGCAUUUUAUAUACUGCAUUAAAUGUGUGUUCUGUAGCUGACUUCCUUUGUAAUGUUUUAUUUUGAAAUCUUUAAGAUAAUUUUGUAGUUUCUGUUCAUUAUGUUGUUUUGAAAGUAUACAGUGGUGCCCCGCAAGACGAAUGCCUCGCAAGACGGAAAACUCGCUAGACGAAAGAGUUUUCCGUUUUGGAGGUGCCUCGCAAAACGAAUCUGCAAUGGGCUUGCUUCGCAAGACGAAAAUGUCUUGCGAGUUCCUGGGUUUUUUUUUCCUUCCCCUCUUUUCUAAGUCGCUAAGACGCUUAUCUGCUUAUCUGAUAAGCUGAUAAGCUGCUAAAAGCCGCUAAUAGCGCUAAUAGCGCUAAUCCGCUAAUCCCGUCAAUGGGCUUGCUUCGCAAGACGAAAAAACCGCUAGACGAAGAGACUCCCAGAACGGAUUCUUUUCGUCUUGCGAGGCACCACUGUACUUUAUAUUUGACUUUAUUCUGUAAUGUUUUAUUCUGCCACUCCACUCUGAGGUUCAGCAGGCACAGGCAUUGUCUAGUUUCCCCCAUAUUAAUUGUACAGUGCACUGCAGCUUGCUUUCGAAGCUUUUGCUUUUAGUAUAAUAAAAAUACUGUUUUGUUUUUCAGCUGAUAUGGGCUUUGCACGGUUAUUCAACUCACCUCUUAAGCCACUCGCAGAUUUGGAUCCAGUUGUGGUGACGUUCUGGUACAGAGCCCCAGAAUUGUUACUUGGUGCAAGGCACUACACAAAGGCCAUUGGUAAGCGGGUGGCUAGACUUACCUUUUUAGUCUCCAGAUGUAUAGAUAUUAGGUUUUGCAAUCUAGGGCUCCAGAACAUGUCACUUCUAGGAAAUUUCUGGUGCAAGUAUGUUUCAGAAACAAGACAUGGUUCCGUCAGUGAACAUGUAAACUGCGUGCACAAUAGGCCGAGGGUGUUUUCUGAAUGAAUGUGUUUGUGCUGGCCCACCCACCCUUACUUUAUAAUGGGAUGUAUCCAGCUGCCAGUCUUUUUCCUGGUCUCUUCCAAGGAUCUUUGGUGCCAAAGAUUCUAUGCUUCAAGCCAUCUCUAUCAAAAGGCCUUCCAUAAUUACAGGGGAAAUGGCAGCAUGUUCUCAUUCACCCAUCCUCUGAGCUAAUCGCUGAAACAUCUGAGAGUGGUGCCUCCAGGAGUUUAACAGUCUAAGAACUUUGUGUUAGUGCUGAUGCAGAUUUAGAAAGUGAGGUGUCUCUAAUGGCCACUUAGUAUUAAUCUUGUAUUUUCAAUCACUGUUAUCCCAUUGAGUGAGCUGCCUGACAUUCCUCCAGUACCAUUAUCUGCAUCCAUUACAUCACUAGCACGUACCUUUCCAUUUUUAGCUUCUGCAUUUUGGCAGCCUUUAAUAUCCCAGAUGUUCUGCCGUCAAAUGUCAUGUCCUUGGAUUUUAUGCUUUCAUACUUCUAUCUAGAAAUGUGAAGAUACAGGGGAAGAAAAUAAGAGGGUGGAUCGUGGCUGAUGAGGUUGUACUCCACAGACAUUUGGAGGGCCACAAGUUGGCCAUCCCCUUUUUUAAAAAAAAUUGACAAGAUCGCAUCAGGGCUAAGAGAAAUACCUGUACAGGAUUCUAAUCAAGCUAGUCAGUUUAUUAAAUGGCAAUAUUUUCACUGAUCAAUUUGGUAUUUGAGUUUGUUACUGAGGGUUCAUAUGAUCAGCUGAACUGUUCACUGACUGUGCUUCACCCAUUCCACACAUAUCCAUACAUAUACAUGCUCUGUAGUUACAAUGGCACAUUAGUUUGUCUGCACCAUUGUAUUAUGGAAUACAAUGGGCAUAUUGUUUCUUUUGGUCACUUUCAGACCAAUGCAGUGUCUUGAGAUGCACUUUCUACUGUAUGCAAUGGCUUUUGAAAGUUGCUUGUCUAGGUGUAUAUGCACUGUACCAGGAGUAAAGGAUGAAGCAAUACUGGAAAAUACACACAAACACCUUAAAUAGUGGGAUCCCAGUCUAUAUCAUGGCUAAGCAGUUGGGUGGUUGGUCUUACUGUUAUAUAAAGCGCUAUGGUUUCAUUAGGAGCAGGGGAGUUCACAAUCUCUAAAACUGUGUGUGUGUGUGUGUGUGUUUUAAGUGCUUCAUGCAAUAGGGGAAAGUGGAUAAAGAGGAAGGAAGUGGAUAAAGAGGAAGGAAGGUUUGAGAUGAUCUCAAACAAAACCGACAAAGCACAUACAUGUGGCCACAACCAAAGCUGGGGGCACUAUGGGAGAUACACUGCAUUUUCCUAGAUGUUAAAUACAGCAGUUUGGUUGUGCAGAAAAUGUGAAAUCCCUGUAGCAUGUGACACAUCCAGAGAAAAAUGCCCAAGGAUAAAUGUGAUAAAUUGAGAAAGUCAGAGAAGCUGUGGUACAACUGUGUUCCAAGAUGUGUUAUUGAAGACCAUGAUAAAGACACGAUCAGACAAAUUUACCAGGAUAGUCAUAUGAAGGUUCAUGGCAAGGAGGACAAGCAGCAGACAUAAUAACUAUAAUUGUUUGUUUACCACUUGAGUCCAGACUUGCCUCUAGCAUUAUGCACACUUUACAAAAAAAAGUUAAUGAGUUAAUCGUAUAAUGCUUUGCAGCUACAAUGCUUAUUACAUGCACAUUCUUUCUGUGGUGUGAUUCAAAUCUCAUGCUACAGCUUGAAAUAUAUUUAUAUUAAAUACCAUUUGAAUCUAAAUUGCACAACCCUCAUAAGAGGACUUGCCUUAUUUAGUAAUAGCUUGUAGAUUUAUAAGCACUCCUUUUGAAGUUCAGCAUGUAGGGAAAGGACAACCAAUAUAUUUGCAGGGAAUGUGUCAUCUAUAACUGUUCAUUAUGCUUGUGUGUGUGUGGCUAGAUAGGUAGACCCCUUCAGCGGAAUUUCUAGGAUGGCUUACAAAAUCAAGAUAAUUAAAGUACAGCAAACAUGUUAAAGCAGAAAAUGUAUUAAAAUACAUUUAAAAGCCUGGGAGAACGAAAGCACAUUUGCUUGGCGCCAGAAGAAUAACAAUACUGAUGCCAGACAAGCCUAUCUGGGAGUGAGUUCAAGAAACAGAACCACAUCACCGAAAAGGCUCUCUGGUGGCCACGUGCAUUACCUGGCAGGGCACUUAGAGGACAGCCUCAUCUAAAGAAUGGAAGGAGCCUCCAUGUAUAGGCAACUUGCUUAUGAGAGCAGGCAUUCCUUCAGGUGCCUGGGUUGUAAGCCACGCAAAGCUUGAAAGGUAGUCACCGGCACUUUGACUCGUACUUGGGAACAGCCUGGAAGACAGCGAACUUAUUGCAAUAACUGGUGAGAUAUGUUCCCAACAACCAGUCCUGAUCAACAUCCUGGCAGCUGCAUUUUCAACUGACUGGAAUUGCCAAACAGUCUUCAAAGGCAGUCCAAUGUACCACGCAUUAUGGUAGACAAUCCUAGAUGUUUCUCAAGGAUGGCUAGCUAAAGGCUGAGCCUGGUACAGCAGCCUAAGCAGAUGAAAGGCACUCCUUGCCACUAUCUGAGCUUUCAUUGACAAAGCUAGAGCCAGGAACACGCCCAAACUCGGUGUUUUAUCCUUUUAAGGGGAGUACAACAACAUUUCUUAGACGAGACGAACCACCUACUUAUGGAACCUUUGUCCUGUCAGGAUUGACUUUGAUUAUUGGCUCUCACCCAAACCAUUUUUCUCAAGUGGAGUCUAUCCUUUUGAAAUUUAUAAAGGUGGGGCUUUCUCCAAAACAUUUUCUGGUACCUAACACAUCUGAACUUUUUCUUCCUACACCACCUGCACAUAGAACAGUAGCAUUUCUGAGAAUGCUGUGUUGGGGGGUCCUGGAUUUCAGCACCCUACCCAGCAACUUAAUUUGCUUCCAGGAUUUCAUGGCUACAUUUUCCGACUUCACUGGGGCCAACGUGCAUUGUGAGUGCUCACUAUACUGUCUCACCAUCCAGUCAAUUGUGAGUGCUCACUAUACUGUCUCACCAUGCAGUCAACUCAUCCAUCACAAACCCAUCUUUCUGCAUUCCUAUUGACUGAAUCAUGCUGUCCCAGAGCCCACCUCUUCCCACUCCUGGAGCAUAUCCUUAGUUGGAGAGGAUAUCAGCUUGUUAAAGAAAUAGGUGUGUUGCUCAAAGUCAGGCAAGGAUUUGGAGUCACCCACACUUUCCCCCUCCCCUUCUCCUUCCAAGGACGAUAGUUUUAAUCUAGAUCUGUGCACAAAAGAGCUGAUUCAAAAAUAAGAAUACUGCAAAUGUGCCUUCAGCAACAACCAGUGGAAACAGUGGAAAAGUUCAAGGGUGAUAGAAGCAAGGUGGAAGUAAGGGUGGUAGUGAUAGAUGGCACCCAGUGAACCACCACCACACCUGUGCAAAAUCCUGCCCAUACGCUGCACUUCAGUGCACCCAGUCGCAUAACAUGCAGUUUUGUAUCUGAUUUCCUUUUCCUAGUGUAUUAUCUGUGGAUGUGUGCACACCGCAAAAAGAGAAGAAAGAGACACAAGCAGAGUCAAAUCCAUAUUGAACUCCAGUAGGGAUGAGCCCUUUGUAUAUCGGAAGAGUGGUUCUAGCUUUUCCUUAUUCAUAGUGCUUUUUAAACUGAGGACUCAAUUUUUUAAUAUGUAGCAUUGUAUAACAGAUGUACAGAAUAAAUAUUGCUGUAAACAGCCAAUGGAGUGAUUUUGCAAUAUGGUGCAUGAAGCCUGAGACCAAAAUGGCAUGCUCUUAAAAAACUAAGUGUACAAUCCAGCCAAAAUUAAAUGUUCCCAAGACAAAUUUGUUUUUGGUGGAACAGAUCAAAGCAUGUGCUUAGCUCUCCUAUUGAAAACAAUAGAACUUGGCAGUGCCUAACUCUAGGUGGAUUAUGCCCAAAGUAUAUAACUAAGAGACCUUAAUAAUCACUGUGGUAAAAGCGAUUUCAUUGUGGUAUCAUGAAUGUGGACAAAUUUCCUUCCCCAGUGCAUUGAGUUUUAUUUAUGUUGCAUGGUGACUGUGUACCUGGUAAGAUUCUAGAACAAUUUAACAUGAGAAGUAAUUUCAGUAUCUGUAAAACAAUAUAUGUGUCCUUUAUCUUCGCGUAUGUUUCAGGCAAGAAUACCUCAGAACAGUAAAUAAAUGAAUGCCCUGAAAAUGCUGAAAGCAUGAUCCCAAGAAUUGUGAUUUUGUAACUCUGCCAGCUCUCUUGCUAUGUUAAGUGCUCCUCCAAAUGGCAGUGUUUUCAUUCUAAAUUUAUGAUUAAACUUAAAGCAAAUAACCCUGCUUUAUUAUCUUAAUGCUUAACAAGUGCAAGCCAUGAUUAGUUAAUUGCUAGAUUUUUUUGUAUAAAUGCUCCUAUUAAAGUUCAAAGAAAGCUCAAAAAUAAUUUAGCGCUCACCUGAAAGUCCUCAUGAGAAAUCUGGAGUUGAAAUUUUGGAUGGGAAAACCAAACACCUCCAGAAGAUUGGGGGGCGGGGAAAGGAUUGAGUGCUAAUUUCUGAAGCUUUUUCUGGCAGUCACUGGCUAGUAGCUGCUACCCCCCCCCAAAAAAAAGCACUUGGAUGUGGGGAACACUACAUGAUGAUAUUGUGUCUCUCCUGAGGGAUUUGGGCAGGAGGGGUGAUGAUGGCAGACAGCAUUAAUAAAGCUAGGAAUAGUGAUGCUAAAGUAAUACAAGAGAAUUUCUCUCUCCCUCAGAAUACUAUAGAUUUGGGACAAAUAAAGGAGUCUUCACACAACAUAGUUUUAUUUAAAUGACUGCUAGAAAAUGGUGCUGGCAGCAGCUGAUUGCUCCUGGCUAAGAGUGGAAUCCUAUACCUGUUAACCCAGGAAAGUCCCACUGGGUUCAAUAAGGAUUGCUCACAGUGUGCAAGUAUGAGUAUGUUUUAAUGAGGGUUAAACAAAUUCAUGGAGGAUAGUUCUUUGAACAACUCCCAGUCAUGAUAGCUAAAUGUCACCUCUGUGCUCUGAUGCUGCGUACUUCUGAAUGCCCAUUGCUGUGGGACAUACGAUAGGGGUAAGAGUGUUACUCUCAUGCACAGCACGUGAGUUUUCUAGACAGUGACUGUAGCUUCCAAUUCUACAAGCUCUCUUGUCAUCUUUGACACUCCUGCUGGCCCUUCAGGGGGACAAUCGCAGCAGUAUGUUUCAGCUCCUCCACACCCUUCCCCAGCACAACUCAACCAGUCUCCUUUCAACCAGAAAUGCCCUGGGCUAAUGUUAUAUAAAUAGAAACUUCUUCAUGUGACUGUCAUGAAAGUACCUUUGGGCCAAAUAAUUUGUUUGAUUCUUCAUCAUUUUAUGCACCCUCCCCAUCUAACCCACCCUAAACAACCUCCUUUGGGAAAUUCCAAAACGAGGGUUGAUAAUCAUUGCUGGCAUUCAUAAUUUGGUUGAAGAAGUUUGAAAUGUUGCAGAAAAUUCUUGCUUGAGUUUGUUCGAAUGUAAUUUUAGAUAGUCAACAAAAUAGCUUUUGUUUGUCAUCAGACAUAAUAGUUUUUCUGCUUUGAAUCAGUUUUGUACAAUAUCUGAUUAUGAACGUAUGUACUGUAUUCAUGUGGAAUUUAUAGGGCAUUUUGUUUCAUCUAGUUGCAUCACAACUAUGCCAUUUUUGUUUAUCCAUAUUUGCUAUAUAUUUCAUCAUAUCAUUUUGUGAUGAACAUUAAAAGUAUCUUACUUCAGUGAAAAAAUAAAUGAGGAUACCUAGAUUGCACAUGUGAUCUUCUUUCCUAGAUAUAUGGGCCAUUGGCUGCAUAUUUGCUGAGCUAUUGACUUCAGAACCUAUCUUCCACUGUCGUCAGGAAGACAUCAAAACAAGCAAUCCUUUUCAUCAUGAUCAACUUGAUCGCAUAUUCAGUGUAAUGGGAUUUCCUGCAGGUAAUUUAAUGUUAUGAAGGAGCCCCAUGCAAAAUCCUUUAUUUGAUUUCUGCCCACUCCCAGUAAAUUAGAGUCUUAUAUUACCGGGGAGUAAAAAUGCAUUAUUUUGUGUACAGUAUAUCUUCUUAUCCUUCAAUAAAUUUUCAAAUUGCUUUUUCUUGUCAAAGAUAAAGACUGGGAAGACAUUAGGAAGAUGCCAGAAUAUCCUACACUUCAAAAGGACUUUAGGAGAACAACGUAAGUGCUAUGUAUCAUUGACUAAUGGCAAUUAUGCUUCUAAAAUAUUAUUAUUAGGACCAAAAGUAUGCUUUUAAAAUAUUAUUAUUAGGACCAAAAUUAUGAUUUUAAAAUAUUAUUAUUAGGACCAACUUUUUAUUGACUUCAUUUAUAUGUAACACGUUGCUUAGUAGAAGGGUAGUCAACAAUUGUGCUCUCUACGUGUUGCUGGACUACAACUUCCUCAUCCUUGACUACUAGCCAUGCUGCCUGGGGCUGAGUACUCCAUGUGGUUACUCUAGGCAGAGUAGUAUGAGUCUGUAGUCUGUAUGAUGACGAGCCUUCAAUAUUCAUUCUUCUGUUUUUAUGUUUUUUCUGUAUCCUGGUUUAAGCUUCAAUUCUAUCUCUUGCUACUGUUUAUAUUUUGUAUUAUUUAUGUGUUUUGUGGUCUUUUUAGCUUCCUUGAACCUCAGUUAAAAAUGGGAUAUCAAUUAAUCAGAUUGAUAAAUGUAGGAAUUUUGUGACAGGUCAGUCACCCCUGCAUUUGUUUAACAUAUCCCAUACCCAAUAAAUACCAAUACCUUUUACCUCACACCCCAUAAUAAAACAUACUGCCAUAUCAGUGUUUACAUAUUUGAAUAAAGAUAUUCAUGAGACACAAACAAAAUACCACCACCUGCCUUGCAGUACAUCAUUUGUCUCAGUAAAUUAAAAAAAACCUCAGAAAGUGUUAUUUGGAAUGUAAAUUACUACAUACAUUUCUAUGAUUUUGUUAAUGUGUUACUCUUUUAAAACAUGUUUUUCUGUUGGGUUUUUCAGGUAUGCCAAUAGUAGCCUCAUAAAAUAUAUGGAAAAACACAAAGUUAAGCCUGAUAGCAAAGUAUUUCUUUUGGUAAGUUACGCUGCCCAUCUCAUAGUGCUGUUGAAGACUGCUUAUUUUGUAAAAUAAUAAGCACAGUUCCAUAUAUGUCUAUUCAAAAAUAAAUUCCUGUAGAGUUCAGUUGGUCUUCCUCCCAGGAAAUCUGUGUAUCGGAUUACAGGCGUCCCUUUUUCUGACAGAAAAUGAGGAUAAAGAUGCACAGAUUUGAGCCCUGAAUACUUUUUAAAAUCUGUUUUCUGUUCUUUUAUUUUUGGUGUUCUUAAUGUUAUUGGCCUGACUGACUAUUUUUUUCAAUUAGCCCUAAAGUUUUAGGACUGACUAAAAAUUAACGAGCCACCAGUUCCAAAUGUCAUCAUCCAAGAGUAAAGAAACUCAAAUGUGACAUUGCUGGUUGCCCUACUGAAUAUUAGUUCCUGGCGUGCAGAAGUAAAGUUGCUUUCUUCCUCCUCUUGUGGGAUUCCCAGAAGCAUUUGGAUGGCCACUGUAGGGAACGAGAUGCUAGACGAGAUAGACUUUUGUUCUGAACUUUUUAUGACAUCUUAUUGUAGACACAGGAGAGACAACUAAGUUUCUUCUUCUCCUGAAAAGUCUUUUUUUCUGAAUUACAAAUGAUACAAACUGAGGGUGUGUGUUAUCAUGUAUUAACCAAAAUUUUUGUGUCACUAUAAAGAUAAGCAGCAUUCUUUCUGUGUAUGAAAUCCUAAGUUUUUCUUUGAUUUAGUUACCAUUUAAUACUUGGUAUUUUGGCAUAUAACCCAGUGAGUGCUAUUCAUAUGAACUUACUUUCUCUAAUAUUGUGCUACACAGCUUCAAAAACUUCUCACUAUGGAUCCUACAAAAAGAAUUACCUCAGAGCAAGCUUUGCAGGAUCCCUACUUCCAAGAGGACCCACUGCCUACGUCAGAGUAUGUCUCUCUGCUAACCCUUUCCUUCUUUAGAGCUUUCCCCUUCUUGUUAAUGGUAAAUUUGGCUAUCUGUGUGCCCUGUGAAUAUAUAAAAAUAAAUAUGUCUAAAUAGUUCACAAGGCAGAUUUUUUGUCUGCCUAUAUCCCUGAAACACCUACUUACGUACCAAGUGAAAGUAUGCUUUCUCCAUUCAGUAAGGAAUAGCUGAGUGCAAGGGAUAAAAAAAAGAAAAACUUACAUUUGAUCACUUGCCUUUUCCAGGAGACAGUCAGCUUGAUGAUGCAGUUCACUAAAUGGACAGAGAUUUCCCUAUGAGUUAUCAAAUUUAGUAAAAGUGAAGAGAACUUGCAAACAUGAUGGGUUAUGCAUUAUUUACAGGUUUUUCCUCUGAACAUAAACUUCAUUUUUAUACAGCACAGCCAAUGGUAUAGUCCUACUCCUGAAGUAAGUCCCAUUGAGUUCAAUGAGGCAUACUUCCCAUAGUUUCUUGGUUUGGUCAGAAGCCAUAGCAGAGCACGGUUGGAAAAAAAGCACUCUAUCAGUUCCUGUAGUGGGGCUUUCUUUAAGCCUAUUUGUAGCAUGGAGGACCCCUGGAAAAGACCCUGAUGUUGGGAAAGAUUGAGGGCACAAGGAGAAGGGGACGACAGAGGACGAGAUGGUUGGACAGUGUUCUCGAAGCUACCAGCAUGAGUUUGACCAAACUGCAGGAGGCAGUGGAAGACAGGAGUGCCUGGCGUGCUCUGGUCCAUGGGGUCACGAAGAGUCGGACACGACUAAACGCCUAAACAACAAAGCAUGGAGGACAUUUUUAAAUAUAAUGCAUUUUUUCAAGCCUAAGUGUUGGGGCAAUGCAACCUUCUUGAACAAUGCAGCUGCAGUGGAAAGUUGACCCUUCACCCCUAAACUGUGGUUAAUAUUAACUGUAGCUUGAAACACACUAGCGUAUGAACCAUGGUUUGAAGUGGACUUGCUUCAAACUAUGGUUAAGAUUAAACACAGCUUUGUCAGAUUUGGACAAUAUGAAAAGCUGUGGUUAAGAAAAAAUGGAAGUGAAUGUUCCCAAAUUUCUCACAGCCACAUCACUGGAGAAGAACAUGUAAGCCCAGAGGGAAACGAGGCUCAUUUCCAUCAUGAUAAAACACAGUUUAUGACGACAUCCCAACAUGACCAAUGAGUAAUCAGAGGUAGCUUAAAAUGAACUAAAAAAAAUUCCAACGUUUUCACAUCCAUGCUUGGCGAGGUGUGUGUGUUGUGAAAUUCAUUAGCCAAAGCUUGUUCGUGGAACACUAAACUGUAGUUUUGUAUUAUUUCCAAAUGAAGUCAUUAAGAUUGUAGUACUUUUAAAUAAAUGCAAGAUUGAAGGAUAACACCCUCAAUGUUUUCUUUCUCUGCCUCAGUGUUUUUGCUGGCUGCCAGAUUCCUUACCCAAAACGAGAAUUUCUCAAUGAGGAUGAACCUGAGGAGAAGGGGGAUAAGGUAUAGUUCAAAUAUUACUCAACUAACAGUAAAGAAGAAGAAAAUAUGGUUCUUUGGCAGAAACACUGACAGAACACAGGGGGUUGUAUCAGACACACAUUCCUGGUCAAGACUAUCCCAGCACAGUGUCAUGGGACAUUUCUAAAAUAUGUAGCAUUUUCACGCCUAAUGCUUUACAGGGGCAUGGGUUGAUUUAUCUUGAACAGCUAAUUUAGUAACACAUGGCUGGAGGAAGCAAGAGAGGAUGCUUUUAGCUCUAAUCAUCUGAUGAUGAUAUCUUUCAGUUGAUGAGAAAUUUCCCUCCAGCCCUUUAUGCCCUAUAUUCUGGGUAGCAGAGGGCCUUGACUUGGGUGGUUUUUUGUUUAAGUGUUUUGAUUGAUUUUCCAUUUACAAAAACACAUACAGCAAGAGGACUUUGGAGUCCACAGACCUUCAUAAAAUAAAGAAUGCAGAGUUGACACAAAUUAAAUUAGUCCAUAAGAUUCCAUAUUCUUCCAUACGUUUGGGGUGGCUUCUUUGCACAAUCCUCCUGCCACAUAUAUUCAAUGAAGGGCUGCUCAGUGUUGUAAAAUGAGAAGGGAACUGAUUUUCCUUAGCAGCAUUCCCGUAAAGGCUAGUUUUUUUAGCCAGAGCUAUUGUCCAUUCUCUUGGCUUACCCAAAUUUGAUGUUUAGAGCUCCAGGAGACCCCCAGCACUUGGCUAUUUCCAAUCACAUAGCCACAAGCAGAAAGAGUAGGAGACAUGAUGAAGCAUCCAGCAUCCCCAACAGCUAGUUUAGGAUAUGCAUGUUUGGUCAUAUAUUUUCAAGCUAAUUCUUGUUACAAGAAUUCCCACCCCCCUCGGUCUAAAAUGGCCUUUAAUCAUUUCAGGUGUUAACAAAAGCAAAUAAACCAAUUUCCCUUUUACCCCUGGUUCACAGGGCUACAUUUCAGUCAACUACUUUGAUCUUUGGCCAAGAGCACAUUCCUUUGGCCAUAAACCUGAUGAACAAUUGCAAACUGUAGUCCUGGCUGGUUGGUCCCAUUGAAUAGUGACAUGUCCUCUUUUGCAAUAAAAGCACAAACAUGGUUUCAAUUGUAACUUCUCGCAGUGGUAAAACAGAGUUUUGUAUCCUUGGUGGUGGAAAUUCCUUUUGCUUUGUGUUGCCUUUUGUUCAGCCUUCUGAUUAUAAGCAAUGAAACCCUUUUAUUACACUGAGAGACAUGGGAAAAGAAAUUGACACCAAAGCUUCUUUUUUUAGUGGCUGUUUAAUUCUUACUUUCUCACUAUUAACCCCACUUUAUAUGUAAUGCUAUGGAAAUCCUACAAAAAUUGAGCCCAGGUGUUACAAACAAGGGAAGAGGUUGAAGAGUGAGCUAGUUUGCCUCUAAGAUGCUUUUGCUGUGCUGGAGGGUGGAGCACAGGAUGGGGCGGAACAACAGGAGGAAGAGGCAGGUCAGGCAAGUGUGAGGCCAUCUGCUUCCCCACCCUCUUUUGCACCUCUGUGUCCCAGAACCAGGAGGGAAUUGAAAAGGAAUGAGCAAUGGAAGCUUCUAUGCAGGCAUAGCCUCUGAGGAAGGCACAUAAACUGGUGGGGGGGGAGGGUUCCCCUAUUACAGCAGCUGCUCCAUAGGGCUCAGACCCCAGAAUAGCUGCCUAGAUGCUAGAUUGGUGCGCGUAGGUCUCCAGAACUGUAGAAACGACUAUAUUAUCAUUGACAAUAAAGAGUUAACUACAGUAUCUGCCAUGUGCAUUCCUUUGGCUGUGAAGCGCCCUUGACAACAGUAUAUAAACAGUAUUCAUAGCCAGUACAAUCUUGUGUAAAUUUGUGUGGACUGAAGAAAUUGCUAAAACAUACUCAUCCAAACUCUGGCUUUCCCUCCCAUGUUCAAUCUCAUAGAAUCAACAGCAGCAGAACCAACAUCAGCAACAAACAGCACCUCAGCAGCAAGCAGCACCUCAGCAGCAGCAGAACAGCACCCAGACAAAUGGAACUACAGGGGGAGGUGGAGCAGGAGGUGGCGGUACUGGGGCAGGUCUCCAGCACAGCCAGGACUCCAGCCUCAACCAGGUGCCUCCAAAUAAAAAACCACGCAUAGGGCCUUCAGGCACUAAUUCAGGCGGGCCUGUCAUACCUUCGGAUUAUCAGGUACGGUUUUUGUUCAUUUGGAACAUGCUGUAGUGCCAGUUGCCCUUUGUCACAUUUGAGCCGCGUGGUGAACUUUUAGGUUGUAGCAGAGAUGGAGAACUCUCCAAAUGUUGUUGGACUCCAACUCCGACCCAAGAUGCCCACUGGUCAGGUAUGAUAGGAAUUAUCAUCCAACAACAUCUGAAGGACCACAGAUUUCCCACCCAUCUGCACCAAAGCAGUCAUGCACCCAGAUCAGGUCGCUGUGCCGUUUGUUGGUUGUCUUCCUACAUCCUUUAAUAGCAGCCUAACACAUGUGAAUUAAGGAGGUGAAUUCCACCCCCGCCCCCAUUAUGCUGGGAAAGCGUUGUCUGCUAAAUUUCAAUAUUGUUGAGCCUGGAGGGUAUGAAAGAGUUAGCAGCCUUACAUCCAAACUGCUGCAUUGAGGACAAGGAUUCAGUCAGCUCAUCAAAGGCUGACAGUGAUCAACAAUUUGGGGAUAUGUUGUAAGACAUUCAUAUGACCUAGUUUAGUGCAUAUUCACUUAGGGUUAUGUGAAUCAUCUUUAGCAGACAGCUAAAUCCACAUGACCUUUUUGAGGCAUAAUUGCAACAACAGUCAUAUGAUAGCAUCAUCAUACAAAAUUGGUAGCGUAUAUUAGCUUUCAUGGAUAAUGGUCUUUUCAUUAAGUGAACAUUGUACCUUUAGAUGUAUUCGAAAAUUGAUGGCUGAGCUGCCAGUGCAUGCAUUCCUGGAAUCAGACUGCAGGAAAGACAUUGAAAUGUCACUCAAACACUGCUUGAAGAAUUUGGAUCUCUGCUUUGAUACCCAGGCCAAUUAUUCAUUCUCUAUUUUGGAAUCAUCUAUAAGUUUACAUUAAUCCCAGUUGGUGCCACAGAAUUUGUUUUGUUCUGCUUCCUCCAUAGAAGCUUUGGUAGGACAUUUUACUCUCAAAAACAGAAAAAUAAAUGGUGAAGAGCAGUUAUUUCGUUGAAAGGUUAGAUUUAAUAUGAAGAUCUGUGAAUUUCCCUCCUAUAUUUAUGUAGAAUACUAAUAUCAUUAGGCCUUCUCAUUUUUAUGUUAAUUGGAGGUAAGGAAAGGACCUAGUUAAGAACAUUUGAUCUGCCUUAAUAGCUGGUUAUUUCAAUACAGUUUCAAAACAUGCAUAAGGUGCCAAUGCAGUUUGGAGGUGAUAGGAGAAAUAAUAUUUCAGAUUUAUUGUAGCAUCUCCUGUUACCCUAUUCUGCCUUGCCACGCUUGCUGAGCAUGUGAUUUAAGAUACCCAGUUAAGCUUACCAGACAUAUAAUGCUACCUAUCCAAGCUGAAUACAGAAAGUUUAUAGGACCCUUAGAAGAAUAUUGUCCCAAGGCUGAUGUCCUGUGUUCAGCUUGUUGAGUCAUCAGUUGUGCUGGUCUUGGCUGAACGUUUAUAUGGUUUCCCAAGCAUGCUAGGCUGCUCUGAACAAGUGGGUUAUAUACAGUAGUGCUUGCCAUCUUGAAGAAAGUAAAUUAGAAAAAGUAGGCUUUGAAAACCACACUGAAAAAGAUUAAUAGUGGAAACUUUUUUUAAAAAAAUACUACUGUAUAUCAUUUAAGUAACUAAACCAGUAUAAAUUUACAGAAUAAUUAUGCUUCUUAUUCCAAUAUUAAAUAAACAGGAACUGGUUUUGUAUGCAUUUGUUAUGUUUAUAGCCCUUUCUCAUUCUUAUCCCCUUCUACCAUUUGCCAUAUUUUAAGACUUCCAUUAAUGGAAGGAAAUUCCUUAUUCUUGCAGCACAUAACAGAUCCAUCACAAGAUUGAUAUUUGAGACAUAACCCUUCAUUUCUGAAUGUUUAGUCAUACUGGUAGUAUGUUUGUUUAUCAACUGCAACCACAGAAUUGCUUUUAGUGGUGUGGUGACAUCAGUCUAUCAUAAAGCCAGUGUUUCUUACUUGAUAAACUGCAGCCAAUCUUGUCAUUUCAUAUUGUAAACCUUGAAGUAAACUGCUUAGAAAUUCUGAAGAUAUUGCAAUAAAUGAAUGAAAUAAAUAAUUAGAACAUCACAAGCUGCCCUUUCGGCUGAUAGACUUUGACCUUAUUUUUGCUGUAUGACUCUAUUGAUUCCUUUCCCCCAAUAAUUCAAUUUUGUUCUUUCAGUAAAGCUUUUUUUGCUAUAAAAAGAAAUACCUCUGGCUUCCAAGUCAUGAAAUCUAGGUAUAACUGCAUAUAGUAAGCUGUCUCUUGCUAUCAUUAACUGGAGCAUCAUAAUCACAUAGAACCUUUUCUUGGUUCAUUGUCUAAAAUAAAACUUCUGGACAGUAUAGCUUUUUAAAAUCUACAGUAGCUCCUGUGCAGUGUUUGUGUGAUAACAGUAUUAACAGUGUAGAUUUAUACCUUCUUGUUAUAAUCUCUUAAUUGUAUACCGAGACCUCCUGUAGAAGUUCCACCAAGUGAUUUCUGCGGAUCCCUCCAUGCCGUGUUCCAUAUAAUUGUAGAUAAUCCCUGGCCAUUUGGCCAGGCUUUCUGUGUUAGGGUGUGUGUGAGGAAAUUGCACAAGGCAAAAACGGGGAGGCAGGAACCACCCCGCUGCAUGAGUAGAGUUCUCUGGAUCCAACCGUAUGUUUUGUUCAAUAGCAAUAAUCCAGACAUUCUAUUAGUAAAGAAGAAGAAAAAAAGGGGGGUGGGGGGAGCAGACAGUAUAAAUCCCUGUCUCGUUUCCCUGCCCAGUGUAAAUCUUAUCUGAGAGAAAAGACAGGGAUCAUCAGCAUUAACAUUUUGAAAAAUCAUUUUGGAGCAAUUCCUGCCCACCCAAAUGUUCUAACAUGUUUUGUUUCCCUCCCUCCUUUAGCACUCCAGUUCACGCCUGAGUUACCAAAGCAACAUUCAGGGAUCUUCUCAGUCCCAGAGUACAAUGGGCUAUUCUACAUCAUCUCAGCAGAGCUCUCAGUACCAUCAGUCUCACCAGUCACACCGAUACUGAGGAGAGCACAUAGACGGUGUUAGAAAGGAAUGAACUAGCAGUUGGCGGACUCCAGCAAUAUGAAGUUCAUAACCAUGAGAAGAACCAAAAAUGCAAAACUGUGAUGCAGAUUUUAAAGUUAACAAUUAUAAAAGGAGAACUUUUAUUAACUAAUUGUUUUGAGACAAGAGACCUUUUUAUCCUUUUUUUUUUUGCCAUAAAGGAGAUUCUUGUGAAGUUUCCCCUCAGCUUGCUUUCGCAUGUGUUCCAUUGUGGUUACUCGAAUGAAACCGUCUGAUCCGAACCCAGCACUUAAACUUCUUUAACCUAUGGAAUUUUUGAAGGAUUCCUGGUGCACCUUUCUUGUGUUGUAGUAAUUGCCAUAAAUCUUAUCUUUUUCAAAUCCCUUUACCAGGAUUUUAAAGUUUUGAAAUGUUGAACUCCCAGGCUUUUCAAGCUUGUAUAUAGUUAGUUUUUUACUAGGCAAACCCGUUUAGCUAUACAGGUAUAAUGCACCUUUUAAAAGCACUAUGUUAUUUUCACAGGAUAUUACUGUUUUGCUCAUGGAUGUCAAGAACAGCAGAUUUUACUGUUCCAGAGUAUUUUAUUAUUCCCUUUUUUAUUAGUCUAGUUUUCAGAUGAGGUCUUUAAAAAAAAAAAAGAAGAAGAAAAGAAAAGAAAAAUAUACAACCCAAGUCUCUGCAGCAACUAUUACAUGUUAUGUGUUUGGAUUGAACACCAAACAGAAGAUUAUGAAUGUUUGUUUUUAUUAUUCAGAUGAGCUCCCAUAGAUCAUUUGCCAUUAUCUUCCAAGUGGGUUAACCUAAGCUUUGCUUUAAAUUAAGGCAUAACAGUGAAGUGGAAGGCAAACUCUUCUGUGGCUCCAGUAGGACAAGAGUAUGCUAUGGUGUCUUCUCUAGCAGUUUUUCGUACAUGCAAUGGUGUCUUCUCCAAUGUUUAUCUGUUUUUCGGAACUCUGCCGUAGGAGUUGUUUAGCAUCAACUAGAAAAAGGGCAAACAAGGAGACUGCGCUACUACUUUGGGGGGCUGUGAAGAGGGACAGAGCAUCUUUUUAGUAUAUGUUUUACCUUCUAAGUUUUGUUUGCUAAAUGUGGAUGGUUCUGUAACUUGCAGCAAAAAAGGGCAAAAUGUGCUGUGGCACUUUAAGAGACUAGCACAUUUGUGGCAUGAACUGCUGCCUACUUGCAGGACACUUGCAAUCAUGAACCUGGACAAGCCAUUUUUAUUUUUUACUAUUACUAACCUUCAUUAUCCAUUUGAACCAGAUCAAAUAUUGAAGUCUUUGAGCAAUGUCUUGGAAGUGCUUAGGCUUCUCAUGUGGGAAAAUGCAUGUUUUGCUAUCUUACCACUGCUGUGAUUAACCUAAAUUGGUUAAGUGCUAGGUAAGUGAGGCUGUACUGAAACGACUGUUUUCCUAAGGUCAGACAUAUUGUGGAUGUUGGAUAGGCAGCUGACAGAGGAGAUGUCAGCUUAUCACCAGAGCAUAAUACUGGAGAGCCAUUGGGUUGGAUCUAAGGAUCCACCUAUGGAAGGGGUAGGCAGAAACUGACUAUCCCAUCCUCUCCCCACUAGGUCGGGGCACCCCUGAAUAUUCUCCUCUGAGGAUCAUGGCACUUAGCUGAGUGGGGUGGUUCUGGCAAAGGGUCCGAGAUGGAAGAGGGAGCUCACAGAAGCUCAGACAGAGGCAUCUACUCAUAUUUUAAGGGGCUCCAAGGGCUACUGAGGAGAAGAGGGGACAAGAAAGUCAUAGGUCAUAGAAUUGUUGAGUUGAAAGGGAUCACAAAAAUCAUCUAGUUCACUUCCCUGCAAUGCAGGAAUAUUUCACCCAGUGUGGGGCUCAAGACCACGGUCAUGAGAUUAAGAGACUGAAGCUAUCCUUCAGUCCCCUUCUGCCUGGUCGCUUUCACAAGUAGAUCUGUAUAUCAAACUCAGUAUCAAGUACCUGUGAUCAGAGACCAUACUUUGAGGCAUGUCCCUUUGUUGUUGUUUUUUUUUAAGAGGCCCAGAAAUACACCUAGUAAAAGCUGUAUAUCUUCUGCAGUUCUGCAUCUUGUGAUUCUGAGGCCCCCCCCGUCUCUUUAAAAAAAAACAGGUUUAUUGCCUUUCUGAGUAUGAAGAUAGGCAUAAAGUUUGUCAGCAAAUCUUAGUGAAAUGCUAGAUGGUGAGGAAGUGGAGCUGAAUAGGAUUUUCAAGGGUUAAAUCUUGAGUGCCCAUUAGUGGCUUCCCUUCCCCAUCACUAGCAAAAGCAAAAUACAUUGUCCAACAUGUCUGCUAAUUUGCAGUAUUUAUAUGGACUGCAGAAUCCAGCUUUUUCUUGUGUGGAAUUCAGGUUACCUUGGUGCAGAAUGGUUUUAGCUCCUCUGACUUUAUUGCACUAAAAUGGAAAAGGCAUAAACUUUAGGAUAUACAUGCAGCACCCUGUAUUCGUUAUAAUACUUAAGAAAGAGGUACAGGGAGGAGCCAGUUAUUGAUAUAUGCAUUUAUAAGCAUUUACAUGGUAUAGCAGGGGGUUUGCAGACUUCAGGCUUCUUGAAUCUACUUUAAUUUUUACUGGAACCCCAAAAUCAGCCAGAGCCAUAUAGUUAAAAUUAAAGGAAGAGUGCCUUUGAGCAUUCUGAGCUUACAAAUGUGUUUUCUGUACCAGCACAGGACUGAGCUCACAGUCUUUUCACACAAAAGUCUACUUCUGGUUAACAUUUCACAAGCUUAAUGUGUUUGGGAAAUGUUAUAUUGUUUUUGUUAUUAAACAACUGGUAAUCACAAACUCUUGCUAAUCUGCUAUCUACAUAUCUACCAAUAGAUCCUGAUCUGCCUACCCCUGCUGUCUAGCAGGAGCUCAUGCCCACUCUGUGUUCUGAUCUGAAUUGAUAUAAAAAAUCAACAAAUCUUUGCACUAAGAUUGCAGUAAACUAACAAGGGGAUGGGCCAGUUUUCUUGAGGGAGAAACUAUUUUAAUCCCACGAGUAAUACAUUUAUCCUAUCCCAGGACUGUGUGUGAUUCCACUUUAAACUUUAAAAGGUCAGCUGAUGUUAAGCUCAAUUGUCUAGUCACUGACAUUGUUCCAUUUGCUGUUGAUACCAACUGGCUCUGGAGAGAGCCAAAAAUUAAUUUAUCAUAGCAUACCCAUAACAGGGGGACAAAAGUAUUCCAUUUGAUACAAACAUACAUUUAUGCAUCAUGUAUCUUACACUAGUUUUGUUUUACUGAAGUAAUGUUUCUUUUGCACCAGCUUUCAGUGAAAAUGUUCUACCGGCUUCAUGUCUUCCUGCACCCAAGCUAAUGUUUGGUGAGCAGCUUAGGAGAUUUAACUUUAUUUUGAUUGGCUUGUGAAUUGCUCAUUUUCCUCUUCUCCCUCUGUUGCUCUGUCCCUCAACCUCCUGUUUGUUACAGCCCAGCAUCUGCGGCAAGCUCUGUCCGAGUGUGGGUUCCUCUGUGCAUGCAGUGUGACGACCUGUCUUGAAUGUGCUUUAUCUCCAUGAGCUUCCAGUCCCCUAGAAGGAUGGCCAUGAUCGUUGUCUGUACUGACGAUAGUUGCAAAUUGCUUGCUUGCUAUACCCCACUUCCCCAUGGUGUCUGUACACACAAAUGUAGCUGUGCUAAGUAAUACUUCAUGGCCUUCCAAAUAAGCAUUGGCAGGGGAAUAGAUGAAAGUAUAGGUUUACACUUCUGAAAUGUUUACUGCACUCAUUCUGUAUUUGUAUUUUGGCUUUUUGGGGCAUACUUGGCCUAUUGCAGUGAGCUAUAUGUAUAAUAAAUGAGUGUCUCACGUACUGCAGGGCUAAGGCGAGCCAAGGUGAGGUAGCUUUGUUUCAGGGGGAAUUUCAUGAAACAAAAAUGUAAGACAAAUCAUAUAUUGUAUGUUAUGGAAACACAGAACAUGGACAUUUUCAUAACUGUGCAGCUCUGUCAACUCAUUCUUACUAGCAUGUGCAGCUUUGACGUCACCUAUAAUAAGUUUCUCUUUCCUAUCUCAUCGGCUCUUAGAAGUGGACAUGGAAUCAACCUUGGUUGGUUUCUGUCUUGCUACUUUGGGAAACAGCUGCUCAAGCCUCAUUCUUACAAUGUUGCUCUUCUUAGCUUUCAGAGAAAAGGAGCAAAGAAAUAGGAUUAGCAAAGCAGUGAUGAAAUGUAUUGGUAGCAUAGACUGCAUAAUGAAGGAAGAAUUUUGUGAAAGCUGCAAGUCCUGCACUCUAUAUCUGUGACACUGUAUCUUUUCGGGUGGGGCUGGGGUGGGAAGGAUGGGAGGACAUCCUGAGGUUGGGGAGGUGGAAGCUUGAAGUAUUUGAUUAUGUAUGAUAUUUUAUAUAAACAUAAUAAGCUUAGUUCCCCUUCAUAAUCUUCAGUGAUGGUACUUAAGCAACAUUAAGCAACAAUAACUGUUUUAAGAUAAAAGAAACAUAUUGUACAUAAAGUCCAUGUGUAAUCUAUAUGUUUUGCCACACAAGAACGAUGUGUAUUGCUUUAUGGGGGGAAAGUCCUUAAUGCACUGUUAUCUCCUAAAUAUUUAGUAGUAAAUUAAUACUAUUUAAUUUUUUAAAAGAAAAUCUGUCUUGUGUAGACACUAAAAAGUAUUACACAAUGUGGACUGAAGGUGUCCCUUUUUAACAGCAGUUUAAAUAAUGUUUUAUAUCUGUCAUGUAGUAUGCUUUUAAAAUGGUUUUUAGUUGUAUUUCCUCACUGUGGAAGGGUGCCUGCCAUAAGUUUUCUUUUAUAUAUAAUUUCACAUAUUCAUCUUCUAUUCUUGUGUCUUUAUUAUAUAGUUCUGUGUCCUCUCUUAUGCAACUUCAGCUCAACAGUGAUGCCCUAUGUAUGGCAGUGUACUUUAUAGUGGCUGCUGAGUUUUGCAAAAUUAAAAUGAAACCCUUCCAAAUCCAGAUUUGUACUCUCACUUCUUGGGAUUUCAUGGGGUGCUCAAGCUAGGAUAAUUACGUUCAAGUCAACAAUGUAGGGGAGUCCUAGAAAGUACACCUCCAGCCCCAUUGAAGACAUACACACACAUACAGGUCCUUUCCUGCUUCUGUCUGGAGCUCAGUCAUUCUUCCUUGCUGUCACCAAGCAUUGAUCUCAACUGGCUAUGUUGCUGAAGUGAAAGUGUAAGAAUCUGGCAGCUAUCUAGCAACUGCCGAAUAUGCUUAACCUUGAACUAGUGGCGCAAAUAUAGGAUAGGAUGUCACUGUGGGAGUCCAGUUCUUGCUGCCACCCAGCUCACCUCGCCUCCUGCCCUGCAGUGGGAGAGGUUCAGUACCAAGUCCACCAACUCUGCUGGGCAGUUACAAGACACUGAAUUGUCAGGCUUUGCCCUCAUAAAGCAUUUACUGUUUUCAUAAUGUCCCAGAAGACUGUUAAAACUAUGCUUUUUGUUCAUUACAUCAUUUUUAUUUUUUGUUGUAAUUAAAUUGAAUUGCUUCAGUGUGA